AGGGAGAAGCGCUGCAGCCGCAGCGGCGGCGGGGAAAGAGGAGGAGCAGGCGGUGGCAGCAGCAGCAGCAGCAGCAGCAGCAGCAGCAGCGGGGCCAGCUCCUCCUGUCACAGCCCAGCUGGGAACCGACGGCGCCGCAGCAACAGCAGCAGCAGCAGCAGCAGCGCUUGAGCUGGUGCAAGCGCGCGCAGGGAGACGACCCCCAAGCCCUAGGAUCUCCCCCAGCGCCGCCACCCAUCCCGGGUUCCCCCUUGGCCGCGCCGCCAGAAGGAGGCGGGAAGCUCCCGGGCGCCGCAGGAGAAGCGGCCGCAGCGUCGGCUGAAAGGGAGAGCGAGCGAGCGAGCCAUGGCUGGGGCGGCGGGAUGCGCCGUCGCUGCGCGCUGCUUGCUGGCGCCGUUGCUCUUGCUGGCUUCUUGCCUGGGGCCCGGAGGCGCAGCCAACACCCAGGUGAGCCCGCCGAGAGGGUGGGUGGGUGGGGCAGGCGGGAGCGAGGAAGGAAGGGAGAGCCUCCUGGGCGGCUGCUGCGCCCGGAGAGCUUGCGGGGGCUUUUAUUGCCCAGCCUCGACGAGGUGUCUCUUUGGAGCGCAGGAGGAGGGGACUGCCGGGCGAGGAUGGCGCGCUCAAGGUGUCCGGGGCGAGCUGCCCAAGGUCACUGGCACAGGGGAGAGACCCCUUGAUCCCCUCGGAUCUCCUCCCGGUUAAGAGGCUAAGGAAGGAGGCGCUUAUCGGGAAACCUGCGCCUGGAGGGAGAGCGGACGGGCGGGCAGGCUGGCUGGCUGGCUAGCAUGGAGGGUAGCGGCUGGAGGAGGCGACGUCGUAGGUGAUGGCCAGGCAAGGGACUGGGCAGGGAGGGGGGAAGCCCAGCAGCCGCCCCCCUCUCUGCCUGCGCGCCUAGUGCCUGUUCCAAGGAGAAGCGGGCAUCUGUUUUGCUGUUUGCUCGCCCUGCCCAGAUUCCAUCUGGAGAUAGGAGGCCUGGGGGGCGGGGAUCGACACCCACCCACUUCAUCUGCUUGGGAGACGGGGUGUCCCCAAAGCGAGAAGAGAGCCGGUGUGGCGUGGCGCUCUCCCUCUCCUCCCUGAGACCUCCUCUGGACCCCAGACGUCUCACCUUUUGCCUCCGGAAUGGGAAAGAGACAUUGGGGGCUGGGCUGCAGGGCCCCCUUGUUUCAAAGCCAGUGGGGCAUUUUUUUAAGGGGCCCUUGGGCUCCUUUGGGGAGUGUGGCUCUUCUCUCCGGAUUGGCACUCUGUUUUGUUUUUGCUUGCCUGUGAGCAAGGCUGCAUACGGACCUUGCAUUUAAGCAUAAUCAUGGGAAUUGUAGUUUCCCCUGUCCAGAUCUACAGUUCUGAGCCUCCCUUACCAACUACAUUUCCCAGGAUUCUUUUGGUGUGGGGAGUGGGGGAAAUGUGCUUUGAAUGUAUGGUGUGCAUGCAGCCCAAAUCCCACUGACCCACUGCAGGGGGGGCACAUUCCUCCAGGUGAACUUCACAGCCCCUCAGCCCCAUGGCUUGGAAGCCAGGGAACCAUCCUAUUAUCUGUCCCAUCUAGCACAGCAAUGAGGGUUAAGCAGAUGGUGGCCUUCCUGAGCUCAGGGGAAGUACCAAAAGAGACUUGUUUUGAAAUGUUGCGAUGGGGCCUGCAGAGUCUGUCUGUCUCACAUUUGCACAGCAGAGAGUGGGCCAAGCCAUGCCUGGUGAUGAUUGCAGUCCUCCAUCUGGGCUGUCAACCUGCCUUCUUCUGUGGAGCGCAGGAUGGUCUCCCUCCUCCUCCUCCUCCACUCGCAACAUCAAGCUUAGACUGUGCCAUAUCUUCCCUAUCAAGAAUUGGCAUUGCUCAAGCAUCUGCUGAGGGCCCCCUCCCCUGGCAAGAGACACCCCGGACCUGCUGCAGUGGGGGGUUAGCUCACUGGGGGGGGAGGGAGGUAGGGAGGCUGCUUAGGCCUAGGGCCUUUCAAAACAUAGAGCCAGUAUUGCCCCCACCAUUGCUACUCAGAUUAAAUCUGGAGCCCCCCUUUAAAAAAAACAAAAAACCCAGGAGCUCAAAUUGCAGUUAUUCCAUGUCAGAUGUGGUUUUGGUCUCGAUUGUUGCCCACUAUGCUGCCUUUCCCCUCCCAGGCCUGCUCUUCAUCCUUCCUGGCUCUCUUUAGGACCUUGUUGUAACCCUUUGAUGAAAGGCUGCAGGUGUUUCUGACUCAAAGGAGCCCCCGCCAAGUCCUGCCUCCCACCCUUAGCUCACUGAGAUAAGAUGCAGAAGCAACUUCCUGGUGCUGCACCAUUCUUGGUCCUCUGUAGCACAAGACCCCCAUCCAAAGCCUUGGUUUGGAUGCAGAUUCCUCGUGGUGCAUGUGUUGGAGGGGAUGGGGAAGACUUUGCUCGCUACUCCUUUCUUGCUUUGCUCUGUGGGGGGAAAUGGCUUUUGGCCAUGGGUUGGCACAUUGCGCCGGAGAAGCACCAUCUGUGUUUGCCAUGGUGGUGAGGUUGUCAGUGCUGAAGAGCCUAGCUGGCAAAAGAAAACCAAUUGGCCAUAUUUGCUUGUACCCUACCAGAUCUCAGGAUACUCCCCCCCCCCGAGAACAGGUGAAUAAUGGCAAUAGAGUCAUCAUGUGCUGUUUCUUGGUGGGAGGCAUGUGAUAAUAAUUAUUCCUUCCCAAAUGGGUCUCGGUCAGCGCUAAGAUCCUGUGUUCUCAAUACAGAACUUGGCUCCUUUCUGAACAGAAAGCAAGAAAGCCCAUGGGAACUGUGGUUCUUCGUGUGUUCUUGUGAUGGUGGCAGCUGCUAGUUUCAGACAGACCUACCUUCUAUCAUCUCCAUAUCUAAUAUACGGACUGGCAAGCUUUGUGGUCCUAGCAGGCUAGAGAAGGACAACAAAUGGGGGAACCUAAGCAAUCUAAUGAAACUUUAGCUUGCUCUGUCAACAUAAAAGGUAGAGUAUUGGGGGGAGGCAGCAUGAAGAGAGAAUGGAAUGGAGUACCUUGAAGUAGGCAUAGCUAGCUGGCUUGAGCCCUGAACAGGAGCGCUUCCUACUGCAACACUUUUCUGCAGGCCCUACCUGUUGGCUAAAUAGAGCACCUCUGUGAGAAGGUCUUCUGCUGGACCAGAUUUAACACCUCGUCUUGCCCAGCCUCCUUUUCUCUCAGUGGCCAAACACAUGCCUAGGAAGUCCACAUGCAGGUCAUGAGUGCAACAGCACUCUCCCCACUUGUCCUUUCCCAGCAAGGUGUCGGGGGUGGUACACCUCUGGAAGUCAUGCCAGAGAUGUGAAGGCCCAGGAAAGAAACAAGGAAAAUUAAGGAAAAACCUGUUCCCCAGAUUCCCACCCCUAUAAAAAACACACACACACUGUUCUUCCCCACCAAAAAAGCAGGGAGAAAACCCAGAUCCACCCCCAGUUAUUUUCCAGACCUUCACAUCUCUUGGUAGGGCAUCUUCCAGUAGAGAAGCUCCUGGACAAGCCAAAAGCUCUGUCUUGUGGUCUCAUGCCCAAGUUAUAACUGUCCAAGGCAGCGAACUAGUUAUGGUUGGAGACAGAACACUGGUCUUGACAGAGCCAUGAUCUUUGUGUUCCAGCAAGACGAUUCUAUGAUCUCUUCAGUUAGGAAGAAGACUGGAUGGGCCUUCCACCCUUUGCCCUCCCCAUCAUAUUGAGGAUGGGGUCAGCAGGGGUGGAACCCAAAGCGUUCUGCUUCACAAGGCCCAGCCCACAUCUCCCUUAGGUGUCCCCUGUUUCUACUUCACGGCAGCUGGGCGACUUGUGACGAGCUGUUCUUUGUUUUCCUUGAGAGAAGAGAACUGUCUGCAGCUCGGGCAAUUUGUGGCUUGCUUGAAGUGGGACAGCAGUGGUAAAAGCGUACAGAGGAAUUCUGUUGUAAAUGCAGUUGAGUUGCCAUUGUUCCUAAAUCCGAACAUAGCGUGCGGUAUUAGAAAUGAAAGCUAUUUCUAGUCUUCUACUUGUCCCUUCAGCAUGCACCACAAUCUACCAAGAGGGCUAGAAGGACUCAUCCAGUUGCUGUAUUCAUCUCCUCCUGGUCACAUUGGGGGUUGUGGCCGUGUAAUCACAGAGAAGGCUCCAUACCCUUCAUGAAGGUUCUGUUAGGUCUUAAAACCAAAACGUGCCGUGUAGAAGCCCCAGAUGACCCUCCCGCUAGAGACCAUUCACCUUUUUUGCAGUGGUGUGUUUUGACUGAUCUGCUUCAAGUGUGUGGUGCCAAGCAAGGGUUGGUGGGUGGGUGGACUUGCCACCCUCCUCCACUGGACAAGGGAAUGGGGUCCUUGCACAAGCCUGCAUUUCUGCAGAGACUUGCAAAAUCCAUCAUCUUUGCAGGGCGAGGUUCCCCAUAAAUUUGGGGCGCUUCCUGAGGUGCCUUCUGCUCCACAGGCCAGAAGGGGCAAAAAGGAGCCUCAAUUCUUCCACCUCUGCUUCUUGCUUGGCUCCCGGCCCGCUCUUCCUCCAUCUCACACAGCUAGCUGGUGCUGUGAUGCUCUGAGCAGCCUGAAUCAGCUCAGGAGGGAUGGGAUGCAGGGCGAGUUGCAGCUUUGAGGGAGGCAGAGAGAAAACAUAAGCCUUUCCAUCUCCCUUCCUUUUUACUUCCCCCCCUCUGCACUUCUGCCUCUCUUAGGCUGCAUCCCUCUUUUAACCCUGCAUAGUUUCCUCCUGCAACGUAAAGUUGGGGAGAGCCAGCAGACUGUGGCUUUUUUUCUGCAGGGUCCCUAACACACACACACACACCCCGCAGAUCCUGUGUUGGAGGGGGGGAGGGGGGAAGCAGGUGGAUGCUUCCUCUCCUCUCUAUCUCAUCUCGCUAAGUGCUUGUGGGGGGGGGGAGCAGGAGGGGGGAUUAGCGCUGCACUUAUUAAUCCCGGUGCCAAUUAACCACUUCCGUGCCGCUCUGGCUUCCAUUUCCCUGCUACCUCUUUGUCGUCGUUCACCUGCCAUUGAUGCUGCUGUGUGUAUGCGCACGCACACACACACCCCAGAUUCUUGGUCAGGGUGCUGAUUGGGGGGGUGAUGACUCAGGCCUCUCCUUUUUUUCUGCACCCCCCCUUUUUGUUUUUGAUGCCUAACCCCACUCCACCCCGGCCUGCAGAGAGGUCAGCCUGCAACCAAAUUGCAGCAGCUGCUUAAUCGCUCAGAGCAGCAGCUUAGCCACGGGAUCCAACUUAAUCCAAGCCUCACUUCUCCAUUGUCCUCCCCCUUGCACACACGCACACACACACGGUUGCCUGUUCUAUUCCCCCCCCCCCCCGCCACCCUCCACCGGCUUGGAGGGAAAGUGCAGGCCCCGUAUGUACCUGACGUGUGUUCCUGGUUGUGCUGUCCAUCCCCCCAUCUCUUGGGGGGAUUGCAGAGCAGGUCUUCCUAAUCUCCCUCCCUCGCCUCAAGCUGUCACCUCCUCCCUCCUCCCCAAGAGCAGGAAAACCGAGAUCCUUAGUUCAAUCCAGGCAGAGCGGAGACUGCAGGGGAAGUGGGAGUGGCAGGGAAGUCUUUUUGCAGCUCCACCGCUGGUUCUCCUAGCCAGAACCAAAGCCAUCUUUGCCUUCCCCCCAUCUCCUCUCCCGCCCACCCCCGCCACUAGCACCACAGGUCCCCCACACUCAUCGUCCUCCUGCAGCUCCUCUUUACACUUGUCCCUCCAGUGCUGUGUUUGCUCUUGCUACACCCACGCUUAAAACAAACUCUGUGUGUCUGUAGCCCUUUCACAGGCUGGCCCCCAUCCUUGGCCUGGAGCCAGCACUGCUUGCAAUUUGUCUCUCCAGAUUCGGACUUCCGAUGGGUUGUAUCUUCUGCUAGUCCUACCCGGAGUAGACCUACUGAAACGAACGGGCAUGGCUAACUUCAUUGUGCAUUUCGAUUACGUACGAAUUUUGUAAGGAAUUUUGUGCUUGGAAACUGCUUAGAAGCCAUUUUGGAACCAAUAUGUAAGUUAAUAAAUCGUAAUAUCGUGCACCCAUUCAUUUCGGUGGGACUACUCUGGGUAUGACUUAGCUGGCUACAUCCCUCUGAUUCCUUCCAGACCUGUUAUUGCUUUGGCCUUAGCUAGGAAAGUGGGAAGAGAUUCAGUUCAGUUUGCAAUUACCAAAUGUUUUAUUAAUUAAAUGCCCCCUUUUAGUUUGGUUGUUUUGCUUUUAAAUUAAAAAUGGACUUGCAUGUCUUAUAAAUUCUGUGGUGGGUGUAAAAUAGCUAUGUUUGAAGGGUGAGUCUAGGAUGUCUAGCAAACACACUAAUGUAUUGGCUUUCUGCAUGGAGACAAUUUUUUUUUUGACACAGAGGUGGUUUCAGAAAUAAAUGAAUUCCCUGUUGUGAAUGUUGGUGUUUUGUGGAAGGUUGUGCCACAUUUCUGCCUGGCUGUUUUGAAUUGGCUCUGUCAGGAAAAUGUUGGGGAAAUGUUGGGCUGUUUUAGGUCAAGGGUGAGGAACCUGUGGCUAGGAAUCAGGGGAGAAAGUUCAGUUCGGUUUGUGUUGUAAUUCUCGUUUUCCAAGGCAGCACAGAAACUGAAAUGCAACCAUGCUGAGAUAGCUCAGUCAGUAGAGCAUGAGACUGUUAAUCUCAGGGGUUUGAGCCCCACGUUGGGCAAAAGAUUCCUGCAUUGCAAGGGGUUGGACUAGAUGACCCUCAUGGUCCCUUCCAACUCUACAAUUCUAGGAUUCUAUCCCUCAAAAUUCAUGCGUCUCUCUGAAUUUUGCAAUGCACCUCUCCAGCCAUGCAGUAUGUACAAAAAUGCAUAUAUGAGAGUAAAAAUAUACUAUGCUAGCAGAAGUAACAUAAACAAUGUGCUUUGCUUGCAAACAUGAAUUAGGCAGAAUUGCAUAAAACACAUAUAUACAGUAUUACCUCAGGUUAAGUACUUAAUUCAUUCUGGAGGUUUGUUCUUAACCUGAAACUGUUCUUAACCUGAAGCACCACUUUAGCUAAUGAGGCCUCCUGCUGCCACUGCGCCAUCGCUGCACGAUUUCUGUUCUCACCCUGAAGCAAAGUUCUUAACCCGAGGUACUAUUUCUGGGUUAGCGGAGUCUGUAACCUGAAGCGUAUGUAACCCGAGGUACCACUGUAUUAGGAGGAAUCAGCAGAAAAAUGUUGACAAUUUUCAUGAGGACCUUUCAAAUUCGCGAACUGAUGUGAAAAUGUGGAGAACUGAGUGUAAUAUUAGAAAAUAGGGGGAGGAACUGAAAUUAACAGACCCAUCUAUCCUUAGCCUACAGUUGCUUGUUUAGCUGGGGCCUUGUCUCCCCCUUUCUAGUGCCGCCUUCUGACUUGCUACCUUGGACACUGUGGUGAAUAAGGCCUUGUUUGUGCCUUUGGUCCAGCCGGGUGAAGUUAUGAAAACAGCGCUGUUGUCACUGAACCAGGCACACUGGUGCUGCAGUGGCCCUCAGAGGCCUGGCCCCUUAGUGGAAGUGGAGAGGGGCAAACACGGGACAGAGGAGAAUGAUAAGGUGGGGGAUCCCCUGCUCGCCCACACCUUGUGUCUCAAGUGGGUGCCAGCUGUGGAGGCCCAAUGAAGCAGCACUGUGAGAAACACUGACUGAGAUGGGAGGGAGGGAGGAAACUGAGGGGGGAGAUGGCGUUUGGACAGAGAUGGAUGGCAGCAUAGUGAGAUUCUAGAUGAAGGAAUAGAGAAAAGGAGUGGAAGGAAGGUGAGCUGGGAGCGGGGGGGGCGGCGAGGAAGACAAGGAGGAGGAGGUGGUGGUGCUGCCUGGUGGGAGUGGGCCCAAGAUGAGAAACUGCUGAGGGAGGGGCUGGUGAUGCAGUAUUAAUUUCCAUCUGGGAGCUGGUCUCCAUGGCAACAGAGAAGAUCUGGCAACUCCAUGGGGAGCGGUUGCCACAGCAACAACAUCCCCACGGUUGCUGAGGAGGAGAAGACGGAGAGAGACAGAGAGAUGGUGCAAACAAAGAUGGGGGGGAGGGAAACAGCAAAAGGGCAGGUAGAUGCGAAGAUGCGAGGCUUCGUGGGGGGUCAUGGGAGUGAUGUGGCCGGGGAACACCCUUCCCUGCUAGCUCUGGGAGGUGCCCUGCCAGGAGGAGACUGUUCAACAUGAUCCAAACGUGUGUCUGGUGUUUUGCAGAACGUGCCCGUCUUAUCACCCCUCUCUUCCCUUUGUGUGUUGCAGGGGAUGGGGGCAGCCCUUGGCCCAGCACUUGGGACUCCCCAAGUGGCCAUGUUCUGUGGGAAGCUGGUCCUGCAUCUCAAUGUACAGACAGGGCGCUGGGAGCCUGACGCCUUCGGCACCAACACCUGCUUCCACACCAGUGAGGAGAUCCGGAGCUACUGCCAGGAGGUAUCAAGCGCUCGCCUGCUCCUCUUCCACGCCCAGUGCUUCCUCGAGCCCUCCUUCUCCUUUUUGCCUUGUCCCAUCUCCACCUUCCAAUUCUGCUUCAAUUCACCCUGAACCAUAUGCUUAGCCCUGCACAGGAGUCUAUACACACAUCACUGUGAAUCUAACCUUGGCUGUCCCUGUCUUUCUCAUCCACAGCGUUUCCCAAACUUGGGUAUCCAGCUGUUUUUGGACUACAACUCCCACCAUCCCUAGCUAGCAGGACAAAUGGUCAGGGAUUAUAGGAACUGUAGUUCAAAAACAGCUGGCGACCCAAGUUUGGGAAGCACUGGUCUACCAGCUCAAUCCAUUGAAGCCCAUUUCUGUUCUAUAACUGGGUCCAGAGAAAUGACCCAAGGCUAUUUGGUGUGGUUAGGAACUUGCCUUAUAUCUGCUAAGAUUUUUCGUCCAGCUAGCUUUGUAGCAGCUAUCCAGGGUUUCAGGCAGACAUAUUUCCCAUUGCCUGCUAACUCAUAAAUGUACACAAAGAACCACACACAUGCACCAGGCAUAGAUUCAUCAGUGAAACCAAACAGGUCAGUUACCCGGCUGUCUAGCUACCUGGGCAUUCCAUGUAUACAAUGCUAAGCUUAUUGGAUGGCCUAUAAACCUAUUGGGCAAGAAAAUAAUAAAUGAGCUCACUUCUAGAAUGAUGUCCCUUUGCCCACUGCCAUUCCCUAUAUGCUGAGGUGCCUGGGGGCAUGAGUGCUGAAAGUGAUGUUUGUUGGUAUCUUUUAUGUGCUGUUAUCUUUACGUCCCACUUUUCCUCCAAGAGGCUCAAGGUGGCAUGCACGAUUUCCCCCUUCCCUCAUGUUUUACUCACAGCAAGCCUGUGAGGUAGGCCAGGCUGAGAGUUGGUCUCUGGCUCAAGCUCUCCCAGUGAGAUGAGUGGGGAUUUAAACCCCAGUUGUCCAGGUCCUACACCAACAAAACCACACUGGUGCUGGUUGUUGGAAUCAGUGGAUUAUAUAAGGACUGUCAGAGGUCCCCACUCCAUCUCAAAAUGCGUUGGUAGACAGCCCCUCAAGUACACAAGCAUCCAGAAGCAUUGGCAUCAGACUUUCUGUUUGUCUGUCUUUCACGCACCAAGCUGUGUGCCCUGCUGCUUUGGUUAGGACUUCUCUCUCCCAUGCUGAAACAGAUGCGUUAGGCAAGGCCACUAUCAAAUACGAGUGCCCCACCCCCGUUUGGGAAUGUUAUUGGCAGUGCCAUUCCCCCCACCCAAGACAAGUAUUGCACCACUGGCACAUCAGGAAAGUCCAACUACCUGCCGUAAUAAGGGAGCGUCAUCCCGCCCUCCCACUACCCCCAGUUAAUCCAGAUCAUAAUAAGCACUCUGUUUGCAGAGAAGGCGCAGGACGCCUGCAUGCUCUCAGUAAGGACUUGGACAUUCCCAGCCCUACCUGGGGAUUGAACCUGGGACGUUCUGCAUGCAAGGCAGAUGCUCUACCACUGAGCUAUGACCCUUCCUCAAAGUUUAAGCUCUCUCAGCUGCCAUGAAAUCAUCAGCUGGCCCUAGCCCAGCCACCCCCUCUCAGCAUUCCUGUCUGCAGUAUGGGGAUAAUAACGCCACAUCUGCAUUUAUGCUCAAGUAUUCAAAGCGCCUUACGUAUGCCGUUGUGUUGUAAUAAACGGACCAUUAAGUGGUGAUUUAAGUCAAAAGGUGCAGACAAAUUAGCCCAGCCAAAUGAUGUAAGGGGGAAGCAAGCAGAAAAGGUCCUCCAUAGCCACCCUUGCCCUGGAAGAAACACUGCAGCUCUAUGGCUUUCCCAAGGGUGGUCCUACAGCAAAGAAGAGGAGGCAGAUUUCGGAGUUCAAAGUGUUUGCAGAGGGGAGAGAGAGGUGGUCCAUAGGGCUCUAUCUAGUCUCCAGCACAACUGUUGUUCAAACAAACCAGAGUUGUGUAAUGCCGCCGCGGCAGAUUUCCUACCUGCAGUUAACAAAAAGUCCUCUGUGCAGAUCACAAAUAAAAGUUAAACUCACAAAUCCACCAGAAGCCAUGCGUUUAAUGCAAGUAAUUUUAAAAAAUUAAAAAAUGGAAUAUAUACCACAGAAAUAGUUAAAACCAGCAAGAGAAACAGCAAUAGCAUAAAUAACUGUUUUUAAAAGUUCUGAAACUGGAGAAACUGGGGAAAUAUAAAGGUCUUCGCUUGGUGCUGAAAAGAGCACAAUGCAGUGAACAAGUGAGGAAGGCAUUCCCUAACCAGGAGCCACCACUGAAAAGUCACUGUCUCUUGUGACCACUGGACUUGCCGCAUUAGGCAGCAAUAUCCAGAAAAUGUCUUCUGAAAAGGUUUUUGGGGUCCCGGCAGGUAUAUACGAGACACAUCAGCAGAAGGAUGCCAUUUUCCACCUCAGGCACCAAAGUUUAUCAUGAGCUGGCCGUCCCUUGCCCCUUCAGGUUCACCCUGCUCUUGUUUGGGAAAUGGGAUUUUUCUUGUUUGUGCUUGCAACCCACCCACCCACUCCUGUGCCUUGAACAUGGAAUCUGAGCCCAGAGUAUGAUCUGAAGGAGCUCUUCUCAGACAAGGCUGCCUGGGGCAAAGGACAGGUUGACACCCUCUCCCCUUCAUUGUACAAAAACGUGCCAGAGAAGACUUGCAGUUGAAGUUGGCGUCAACACCACCAACAGGGCAGCAUCCUCUACCCCACCUGAAGGCGUCAGGCUAGCUUACGGGGUUCAGAACAGGCCACCUAGCGUGCACAGAUGGCCCUCCCAACACCUCACUAUUGCUCCCUGCCCCUCAGCACUUACCGCUUGAGGCGGCUGCCUCCCUCUGCCUCAUGGUAGGGCCACCACUGUACUUAGGAACUACAGGUAUGCCACUCUAAGGUGCUCCUUCAGAGGGAGGAGGAGAAGUGUAUGCAUGUGCCAUUGUAAGGAUCAAAGCUCUUGUGUCCCCUCUCCCUGUCUCCCCUUCCCUGCUGUGAUCUGUGUGCCUCUUCUAUGCACCACCUGCAGGUGUAUCCCGAGUUGCAGAUCACCAAUGCUGUGGAGGGCACCCAGCCCGUCACGAUCGACAACUGGUGCAAGAAGGGGAGGCCCAAAUGCAAAGGCCACCAGCACAUCGUGGUGCCCUAUCAGUGUCUGGGUAAGUGCCAGAUGAGGAACAGCCGCAGGGAGUUGGCACGAGAGCUGUGCUUGCUGUAUUUCGUGUAGACCAAGGCUGGAGAAGCUGUGGCUUUCCAGGUGUGGUUGGACCUCACUUCCCAUCAUCCCUGGCUAAACUGACAGGGGCUGAUGGAAGCUGAUCAGCAUGGAGAACACCAGAGGUUCCCCAUUCCUGGUCUAGACCCUGCAGAUCAUUGUCUCACUGCUUGUAAAGCAAGUGCUUUCCUACUAAGCUGUUGUUGUUGUUGUUGUUGUUGUUGUUUAUAUUUUGUACCCCACCCAUGUAACUGGGUUGCCCCAGACACUCUGGGCGGCUUCCAGCAUAUUCAAAAACAUAACAAAACAUCAAACAUUAAAAACAUCCCUAUACAAGGCUGCCUUCAGGUGUCUUCUAAAGGUUGUCUAGUUAUUUAUCUCCUUGACUUUUGAUGGGAGGCCAUUCCACUGGGUGGGCACCACCACCGAGAAGGCCCUGUGCCUGGUUCCCUGUAACCUCACUUCUUGCUGUGAGGAAACUGCCAGAAGGCCCUCGGAGCUGAACCUCAAUGUCCAGGCUAAGCAAUAGGGUUGAAGAUGCUCCUUCAGGUAAACAGGGCCUAUUUCCCAGUACAUUUCUGAGCACAACUCAAAGUGCUAGUCCACUAGCACUUUGAGUUGUGCUCAGAAAUGUACAGUGGUACCUCGGGUUACAUACGCUUCAGGUUACAGACGCUUCAGGUUACAGACUCCGCUAACCCAGAAACAGUACCUCGGGUUAAGAACUUUGCUUCAGGAUGAGAACAGUAAUCGUGCUCCGGCAGCGCGGCAGCAGCAGGAGGCCCCAUUAGCUAAAGUGGUGCUUCAGGUUAAGAACAGUUUCAGGUUAAGUACGGACCUCUGGGAUGAAUUAAGUACUUAACCCGAGGUACCACUGUACUGGGAAAUAGAAGGAGCAGCACCAGUGUGUUGCAGUGCUAAGGGCAACCUUCCCCAAUCUGGUGCCCUCCAUUUAGCAUUAGCCAUCCUAGCUGGGGCUGAUGAGAACUUUGUAUGGACCAGCUGUAAGCUGCAUGACUAUGUGAAGCUUGCUGUCUAGGAAGCUGGCUUAGAGAGGAUUCAGACUAUUUGUCCAUCAUAGAGUUGCAAGGGACCACGAGGGUCAUCCAGUCCAACCCCCUGCAAUGCAGGGAUCUUUUACCCAACGUGGGGCUUGAACCCACGGACCUGAGAUUAAGAGUCCCAUGCUCUACCCAUACCAGCCUUUCCCAGCCUUGGAUCCCCAGGUGUUGUUGGACUUACCAUAAUCUCUUACCAUUGCUGGCUGGGAUGGAUGAGAGUAGUAGUCCAAAACAUCUGGGGGCACCAGGUUGGGGAAGCUUGGGUUAGAAAGGCUGCAGGUUCGAUCCCUGUAAGCGACAGCUGCAUAUUCCUGCAUUGUGGGGACUUGGACUAGAUGACCCUCAGGGUCCCUUCCAACUGUACAACUCUAUCAUUCUCGGGAGGACUUGGGUUUAAAUCCCCACUUAGCCAACACAGUGAGCUUCACGACCUUGGAUCUUUCACUCUCUCUCCCCAACCUACCUACCUCACAGGGUUGUGGGCCAUGUUUGAUCACAGGAUCAAAUGGGCCAUGUACGCUGCCUUGGAACUCUUUCAAGGAUGGGUGGGAUUAAAAAAAAAAGUCAUAAAUUGUAACGCUGCCUCCUUCUGUCCCUUCUCUAGUGGGUGAAUUUGUGAGCGAAGCUCUCCUCGUGCCCGACAAGUGCAAAUUCCUGCACCAAGAAAAAAUGGAUUCCUGCGAGACCUACUUAUUUUGGCACAGCGUGGCCAAAGAGGUGAGCAGCUGGGAGCACCUUAGGGAAGGGAAAGUAGCAGAUACUUUAAAGGAAGGGUGGGAAACCUUCGUUUUUUCAGUUGAGGAUCACAUUCCCUCAGGAGCGAUCUGCCAGCCUCCCCUUUCCUCUCUCUCUUUUCCCCACCACUGAGUGGGCUGCCUUGGGAAGGGAAGAUCACUCUUGCCCAAGGUCUCAGUCAAUGGUUUGUAGAAAACUCCCCCUUCCAAAGCUCUGCCCAUUUUAGCAUAUCCUCCACCUGCCCUCUUUCCCUUUCCCAGGAACUUGAAAACAAGCCAGGGACUGCAGGUUUCCUAUCCCUGCUUUAAGGCAAGCUCUGCUGAAGGUGAAGAGGCUGCCAAGACUCUUUAAAACAGUGUUUUCCCAAAGUUGGGUCUCCAGUUGUUGUUGUUGUUUUCGGACUACAAUUCCCAUCAUCCCUGACCACUGAUCCUGCUAGCUAGGGAUGAUGGGAGUUGUAGUCCAAAAACAGCUGGAGGCCCCAGUUUGGGAAACACUGCUUUAAGAGAGAGUUGAGAGAGUGUUUGUGCCGCAGUUAUAGGCUGGUUUUUGAUAACCCUCGCCGCUUCCUCCCAAAGUAGGAUGCUGGCAAUGAUAACUUUUAACCUCCCAAGUUUCCUAUUAAAUGUCCCUGGAGGAUGACCGUGAUAUAAUGCAACCUAGGAUUAAUUUCUGGGCCCAAUUCAAAGUGCUGGUUUUGACCUAUAAAGCCUUAAACGGCUCAGGACCACAAUACCUUAAGGACCGCCUCUUCCCAUAUGAAGCUACCAGACCCUGAGAUCAUCUUCUGAGGCCCUUCUUUGUGUGCCUCCUCCUCAGGAGGUCAGGAGGGUGGCAACAUGAGAACGGGCCUUAUCUGCAGUGGCUCCCCUUCUGUGGAAUGCUCUCCCCAGGGAAGUCCGCCUGGCGCCUUCACAAACAUCUUUAGGCGCCAGGCAAAAACAUUCCUUUUCAACCAGGCCUUUGCCUGACCUGACAUCCUAUACCCUUUUUAAAAUGCUGGCUCUUUUCAGGAGGGGGGUUAAUCUGGUUUUUGUUUUGAUUUUAUGUAAGUGAUUUUUCAUGUGAACCUCCCUGAGACCUUCGGGUAUAGGGCUGUAUAGAAGUAAAAUAAAUAAAUAUUAAUAAUAAUACUGUACAUCAUGUCAAGCAAGUCAUUUUUACCGCUGACUUUCUUUUGGGGCUGGGGAGCAGAGGAAACAUGGAAGUUCCUGCAGAGCUAGGCAGCUGUUGUGUUGUGUGUGAAUGGAGGGGAACACGGAGGGAAUGUGGGUGUCUGGGAUUGCGAGUCUGCGUGUCAGAUAAGUGUUAAAGGGGAGAGUUUGUGUGAACUGGGUGCAUUUGUGAAUGGGGGGCGAGCAAGAUAGUAGUCCUGGCCAGGUCUUGAUCCUACCCACUACCAUGUGGUCCUUGGGCGCAAAAAGGCUGCCCACUCCUGGUAUGGUAUAAGUGUGUGUGUGUGGCAAUUUCACAAUAGCACAGAAAAAAACUAUGGAAUUUAGCUUCCUUUUUUAAAAUAGUGUGGGGUUUUUUGCUGCUUUCUAAUUUCAAGUUACAAAACAUAUCCAUACAAGGAAUACAGAGCUUAGUAGGCAUACAGAAAAGAAAGAAAAAAUAGGAGCUGAUGGUUGUAGCUUUAUAUGUUCCAAGAAAGGCAGCCAAAUGAAAGUAGCCAUAAGGUUCCGUAAAUCAAUGGAGGGUGAAAUCCCUGUCUGGUUCCCUUAACCAAGUCAAUAAAAGGAUACCAUGUCAUUUAGAAGGUGUGAGUCUUUCUCCCCACCCCAAGGCGGAUAUUCCUUUUGUGAAUUAGUUAAUUUGUCCAUAUGCACAAUGUCCAAUACUUGUGAAAUCAAGGCUUUUAAAGUUUUCCCCUUUUUUUUGCAGUCACUAAUCUCACUCCAGUUAAUAAAUGGAGGACGAGGUCUUUAUGGGUUAUGUUCUUAAUCUGAGGAGUAAAAUAAGAUAGGAGGGCUUCCAAAAAACAUAGGUUUCCUUUAUAAAAAAAAAGUUUUUAGACCUCAUGAGUAUGAAAAUAAUGUUGGCACGGUGCAAUCAGUGUCUGCCAAAAUCUCAGAAACAAGAAUGGCUGCUGGAUAAGGUUUCUAGCUGAGGGAUGAGGUUUCAGGUCCCUGCGUUAUUUCUUCUUUGCCCUGCCCCACUCUGGAGUAGCAGAAAGUGGGAUAAAUUAGGAAAACCAGUUUUAAAGUGUAGAAUAUAUCAUGCACAGCGGGAGAAAUCAUGUAGAUGUGUUUAAUUUGCAAAAGGUCUACAAGUUGCAUGAUUUGUUUGGUAUUCCUCGUAACAGAGUUUUGAGAUACUUUGAUGCAGAAUUUUAAUUUUCUUUUAAAUGUAAAGUUUGCCAACCUCACAGUGAGAAUUGGUUGCAUUCAAACAUAAUUGGAAACCAUGAAUUGGUACUAUGUCUGUCUUUUUAUGCUAGUUUACAAACCAUGUUCUGUGAAAGCCUGCCAAAUAAGAAUAUCCAAACCACAAACUGGGGGGUGGUUUGCAAACCAUGGUUUGUACUAACCACGGUUUGCUGCGGCAUCUGAAGUCACAAACCACAGUUAGGGUCAUUGUUCUGCCUUAAAAGAGGCUGUUGCCCCAUGGUGAGAGGGGUGAAGGUGUGUGUUGAGCAGAUGGAAAAUGAAAGGAGACAAGUGGCUGCGAACCAUGGCUUGCUUGCUGUACAUCUUGAAGCUCAAACCAUAGCGCAGGUUCAAAGCACAAUGGCUAGCGCAAAUCAUGCUUUGGCUUGGUGUCUGAACUGAGCCAAUGAGUGACUUAGCAGCAUUCUGACAUUGUUCAUCUCCCAUUCCCAGGCCUGCAGUGGUGAGGAGCUGGAGCUUCACAGCUAUGGCAUGCUGUUGCCCUGUGGGGCAGACCGCUUCCGUGGGGUCGAAUAUGUGUGUUGCCCUGCACGCCCCACAGCUCUCAGGCUGGAACAAGCCACUGAGGCACCCCAGAUCCUUGCCCAUCUGAGAGAGGAGGCCCUGCACAGGUGAGCAAACAACCCCAAGCUGCACUUGCCACUCACCCUUUAAUGUGGAUGGCAUGCUGUAUGGGACACUUUGGAGGAUCCAUGUUGGGAAAUUGCAAUAUAUUCCCCUCCCCCCACAAAAUAAUCAGAAUUUAUUUUAAUUCAGGUUUUUAAUUGUGCAAAAUUCAAGGCCCUAUUUGCUUCCACCCAGGUAGCAUUCAGACUGCCUAAGAUGUUCUGCAAGGUGUUCCCCACACAGUUUCCCCCUUGCCAGAAAGACCCCCCCCAAAAUGCACACUCUUCCCUUUCAGUAUUUAUUGUGCAGUCUCCUGACCGGAUGGUUGUUUCUUCAGCAACAAGGUUCCGACAGGACGCAUCCCAACAGAGGAAGAGAGCCUGGAAAUGGAGGAAGAAGGGGACCUGGAUGAAGAUGAAGAGGUGGAGGAGGACGAGGACGAUGAGGAGGAAAGCCCUGGAGAUAGUGCCCCUGACCCCGACCCUUUCCCUGCUGCCUGGGAUGACUAUUUUGUGGAGCCGGGUUACUAUGACGACAGCAUCACCCAGACUACCAUCACGACCACCACACAGACCACCGAAGAGGAUAUCAAAGGUAAGCUCUGGAGGACAGGGCAGGGCUAGCGACUGGAGCCGGGAUGGUGAAGCUGUGGACCACCAGAUGUUGUUGGGCUCCAACUCCCAUCAGCCCCUGUGAGUGUGGCCAAUAGACGGGGUUGAUGGGAGUUGUAGUCCAACAGCAUCCGAAGGGCUACAGGUUCCCCACCUGCUCUUCCUCACUUGCCUGUUCACCUCUCUAGAAGUAGUAGGGAGGGAGGUAAAGGAGCUCCAUCCUCCUCCAUCCUUUCCAUCACCUUUCUGGGAGGCCCUGUUGAUCUGUCUUAUAAAAAGCAAGGAUGAGAGAGGCCUACUGAAGAUGCUUAUCUCAAGAAAUGGAACCUGAACCUAGCCGUACUUCGUUUUUCUGAGAGCGGGUGAAGUCAGCGCUCCCAUUCGGGCCACUUCUGAAGGGCGAAGUUCAUGGAAUCCCUGCUUCAGAUGUUAGCACAGGAAAGGAGGGGCGCAUGGAGCCAGCAAGCAGCUACAAGGGGUGGUAGGACAAGACGGAAAUGCUCAGCUGCUUGUCCUAGUCACGUCUCCUCCUCAUCCUCCUCACAAUGGGGCGCCUGUUCUAGAGGCAGCUCUGAACCUGGCUCUCCCUGACACAAAGGGGCAGACGCAGUGAGCCAGUGCGUCCCUCAGCCGACACAGCUCGGGGGCGGGGCACAAGGGGGCAUGCCCACCUCAGUCUAUGAGGCACCAAGUGGAGCUGAGAAUUCAGCAUUUUUUUGCCUUGUACAUUUUUUGUGAGAGGUGGGGUUUGAUUCAAUUUAAUGUAUUGUUUAGCUUUACAUUCAAAUGGAUCUCAAAGCGGCUUACAAACAGUAAGAAACAACAACAUGGUAGAACAUCACAAAUACAGGCAGUGACCGUUCUAGGCAUGUCCAAUACACGCGCAGCCGCGCAUGCGCACAUCAUACUGAACCUGGAAGUGACCCGGAAAAGUCACAAAAAAGGGCAGAAUGGGGAAGGGGCGGAAUGAGGUGUUUGCAGGCUUUUUCAACGUUGUUUGAAAUAUAUGCGAUUUCCCUUAAAUGCACAGUGCCUUGGAACGUAACCCCUUCAUAAAUUGGGAGUUGUCUGUACAGCAUAAAUCAUAUAAAAUAAUCAACAAAUACCGUAUUUUUUGCUCUAUAAGACUCACUUUUUCCCUCCUAAAAAGUAAGGGGAAAUGUGUGUGCAUCUUAUGGAGCGAAUGCAGGCUGCACAGCUAUCCCAGAAGCCAGAACAGCAAGAGGGAUCGCUGUUCUGGCUUCUGGGAUUCAGAAUAUUUUUUUUCUUGUUUUCCUCCUCCAAAAACUAGGUGCGUCUUGUGGUCUGGUGCGUCUUAUAGAGCGACAAUACAGUAAUAUAUAAAACAGUGAAUAUCACAGUGAAUAUAUAAAAUCUGUGAAACGCUAUUAAUGAAACAGCAACUGAAAAAUGGGGGGGGCGUUAUGCCAUGUGAGGCAAUAUUACAGACUAUGACUCCCAUCACGCUGGGGCUGAUGGGAGCUGGAGUUCUAGAAGGUUGGAGAAGGGUGUGUAUUGAUGCCUCGCCUGAGUGGGGAGCCCCCUGUCCUGCGGGGCAUGUUUUGUGUGGGUGGGAGGGCCGAGGCAUGUCGCCUUGUGUAACUCACUUCCUGUGUUUGCAGUGGCCCCCACCCCUCGCCCCACCGACGGAGUGGACGUUUAUUUCGAAAUGCCCGGAGAUGGGAACGAACACGCCAACUUCCUGCGUGCCAAGAUGGACUUGGAGGAACGGCGCAUGAGACAGAUCAACGAGGUGAUUGGGGGGCAGCUCUAGAGCAACUGUCACCCCAAUUGAGGGGUGUCCUUGGUGAAACACACUUCCCCUUGCUUAAAUUGUGAACGUCUUCAAUGCAUCGGUAGCCUGUUUCCCAACUUAGAAGGCACAAUUUGUCCUCGUCGCAUAAGAUGAUAAAUUUGCAUGUGUGGAUUUGAUCACAAUCGCUCAAAGGCACAUCUUGCUGAAUAGGCUUUGAUGUUGUAAAUUUCCCCCAUGAAUAAGACAAACCAAGUGUUAACACAAUGCCUGUCAUGUAGGCCAGCUUUACGAGUGAAGAUGAGCUGAUUGUUUUGUUUUGGCUGCUGAGUGGAUAGGAGAGAGUCUGUGGCAGGGGCUCCAAACGAUCACCUGGGACACCUGCCCAUAAUUCCAUCUCUAAACGUUGAAUUUACUCUAUACCAGGGAUGUCCAACCGGUUGAUCGCAGGGUGUCCCUGGUUGAUCCCGGUCAAUUGCAGGACCCUGAGUGCCCCCCCCCCAAAAAAAAACUUCUUGGAAGUUGGACGUGCCUGCUUUAUACGAAACAGCAAUAUCCAAUAUAUAAAAUGCAUGCCUUCAAGCCUGACAAGAGAUACUGGAGAUGUAGAGUAAGAGGACACAAUAGGAGCUCCAUCACGGGGUCAGGGUUUGUGCCAGGAAGAGAUGUGGGCCUUUUCGUGGGAGCAUCAUCCGCACCUCAUUGCUUCUUUUCAAUUCAACAGGUGAUGAAGGAGUGGGCUGAGGCAGACAACCAAGCAAAAAACCUGCCCAAGACGGAUCGUCAGGCACUCAAUGAGGUGAGGACUGGAGAAGGAUUGUAUUGAGAUCAGCUCUGGAGACGCUUUGCCAGUAAAAUCAAAUCACGUUAGUAAGCAUAACAAAGGACCUUUUCAGUGAUGGCCCCACACCUAUGGAACACUUUACCUACCAAAGUGUGAAUGGAGCUUUUGAUUGAGACUUUUUAAUGGACUUUUUUUAAAAAAAACACAACCACCUAUUCCAGCUUACUUUUUCCUAGGUGUUUUUCUUUAAUGAUGGUGCUGGUUUGGGAAUUGUUUUACAUCUUGGACAGAUUGUUUCUAGGCUUUUAAAUGCUUUUGGGGAGGUAUUUUUCAUGCCAGUAUUAAAAAUGCCAGCUGCGCUGGGAAUUUGUUGGAAGGGUAGGAUACAAAUUCCUAAAAUAAAUUAAAACGCGUUGAAAAUAACACAUUUUUAAGUUUCUUUCAUUGCUACUUUUGACUCCUUUUGUAAUUUUUCCAUUUUUUAAUGCUGGCUUUGGAAUGUCGAUAUUUUUUUUAUUUUGAAAUGGCGUCAUUUAUCUCCCCCGUUCCCAAACUGCUAUUUUGUGGGGGAAAGCAUAUGAAUUAACUUCAUGUUUUGUCUGUGUAGAUGUAUUUACUGGGGCCGCCAUCCAUCCAACCCCUCCUAUAACCUCUCCAAAAACCCCACACUAACCCUUGGGGAAUCUUAUUUGCUUCUGCCCCCACCCUAUGAGCCAAUUCUAACUGGUGGGCAUAGCUACCCACAUGUCAACCGCAUCACGCAAUUGUUAUUUCACAUGAUUGACAGGCGGCUUGCUCCUCCCACCCUCCCAAAACUCAACAUCAGGUGUUGAAGGGGGCAGCUGGGAGGGCUUGCACAUCUGCUUAACUUCAGCGGUGCUGUACAUCACCAGAUGUUCCCAGACCAUCACCCUUUGGUCCCAGCAGAUACAUUUAACUUCAUGACCCUCUCGCCUUCUCUCUUGGCUGACCCAGCACUUCCAGUCCAUCCUUCAGACGCUGGAGGAGCAGGUGUCUCGAGAGCGACAGCGGCUGGUUGAGACUCAUUUGGCCCGUGUGGUGGCCCUGCUCAAUGAUAAUCGACGGGCGGCACUAGAGAGCUACCUGACUGCUGUGCAGACUGAUAAUCCCCAGGUAAGGAAAAGCAUAUAGAGGAGGGAGGGGAUGAGUUGGGUGGGAAGCUGCUCAGGGAUGAUGUUCUUUACCUUUACCUGUACUUUUACCUGGUUGGAUGCCAUUGCCUCCCUCGAAUGGCACCACUCUUUGGCCUUUUUGCGUCUUUUUGGUUUUGUUAAAUUAGUUUUUGUUUUGUUUUUUCAUUUUCAUUAUUUUAUUUAUAUUUUAUACAUUUAUUUACAUUUUAUACAUUAUUUUUUAUAAAAAAACAUUUUUUUGACAAAGUCAUAAUCAUAAAUAAAUAAGAAAAAAAAUGUGCACCCCACCACCGAGGCCAUUCCAUUGUAACUAUCCAACUUCCCAGAAUGUCAAUACCUCUUGCGAUGGUUUGACCCCUUCCCGUUUUAACAGGACAAAUUCUACAAACACCCUCCGUAUCUCCUCAAAAUCAUUUCUCCUGCGUAUUCCCCAUCUUACCUUAAUGGCACAUUUUAAUUUAUCAUUAAUAGUAUACCCCACACCCCUUUAUACCAUUCUUCCAUUUUAUAUUCUGCUUGCCCCUUCCACUUCCUGGCUAUAAUAAUUCGUGCAGCUGUCAAUGAAUUUGUGAGCAAGUCCUUCAUAGCCUGUGAACCUUCCACCGUUAAAUUAGUUUUUAAAAAUAAGAUAAUUGUUGCUUUCGUUUGUAAGCCACUUUAAGCAGCUCCCUUUUGUAGGGGAAAAUAUGAGGGGGGUUUUUUUUAAAAAAAUUAUGCAUUAACUUAUCCUUUUCUAGUUCAAACUCUUUCUUCUCCCCAUUGUUAUCACCCUCUCUGUUAAAGAUCUUUUUGUUUUUCCUUGGAGACCUUAUUACCCAGACUCCCUUGUGCUCUGACCCGACUAUAAAUCUGGGCAUGUUAAUAUACAGGACACAUUUGUCCAGCACGUGCCCAAUCUCAUGUAGAUUAACAUGAAUGCUUCACAUUGCACAUGGAUGUGCCACUCCAUGUAUGUGUGCAUUUAAAUAUAACUGACUGCACAUGACAUGCUUACAUGGGUAAAUGCUUUACACCCAUCACCUAGAAGAAUCAAGCUUUAUAAUUCAAGUUAUUUGUGUGCUUGGACUCUGUGAACUCCAGUGUGGAAUCUGGCACUGGGGAAGAAUCCUGCACAUACACAGAGCAGCAAAGUGGCUAAAGUAUUAGGCAGCAAUCUUAGACAUAUUUUAAAAGAGAGUAAGCUCUAUUGAACGCUUUGGGACUUAACAUCAAGCAAACAUGGCUAGAAUUUCUCUGUUCAGCCCAGGACAUCCAGUUCAACUCUCCACGCAGCCAUAAAUCUCACUGGAUGGCUUUGAGUCUUUAUUCAUUGUGUCUCAGCCUAAGCUCUACUUCACAGGGUUGUUGUGAGAAGAACAUGGGGAAAGGGGGCCAUGUUUGCUGCCCUGAGCUCCUUGGAGCAAGGGCUGAGCAAAAAAUGAAAUGAAAGAUGUGGGUUCGGGUCAGUUUCUGGUAGAACUCCUGAGAAUCUCUGAUAAACAUUUUAAGAAAGAAAGCAUUUUUUUCCUACGCAGCAAAGGCUGAGAAUAUGAGUUUUUGAAACCCGUAUGGGCAAUGCAAAGUUAAAGUUCUGAAACCAGAAUUCCAGUGAGCUAAAAGCUAUGGCUGUUUGCUACAUGACUUUUGGACUUCCUGUAAUCAAAAAAUAAGCAAAAGGGAGGAAGGUAUAAGAGAUCGCCCCUCUCUACUGCCUUUAUCUUUCUGUUGUCUUUCCUUGCAAGCUCCUUUCCUGUUUAUCUCCUUUGUCUCCUCUGUGCUUUCUGCUGCUCCUUAUGCCUGGUACAGCCUCUUCCCUGUUAUUCAUCAAGCUGUUUCAGGGCCAGCUUAACUGAAGGCAAACGUAGUGGCAGCCUGGGGUGCUGGGAGUCCAGGGGUGUCUUCCACAGCAGCCCCCGAGAGAGAAAAAAAAUCUCUGCUAAGCUGCAGUUUUGGGGAGGCAGCGCAGAGGCAGCUUAGCCAACUCCUUGGCAUGGCUGAUAUCCCUUUGUUCCAGAAAGGAGGAUCAGGGGCCUUUUCCUGCCUAUUCCAGGGCACAUUUGCAAAGACAUUAAAGAUUAGAGUAAGGAAACAAUUUUCUGUUCAGAUUUUGGUCACCUGAUGUGCUGAGCAGCAGAGCAAGAGCGCUAGGGCAGGAUUAGAACUCAUGACAAACUUUGGGACAGCAUGGAGGGCAGGCUGAGAACGGACGGAGGCUGGCAGGAUGUACUGAACCAGAAUAUGCUGCCCUAGAUGGCACUGUUAUCUUCCCUGUCCUGGACUCCUUGGGAAGGAAGGGCAGGAUAUAAAUCCAAUUAAUAAUAAUGAUAAUGGCAAUAAUUGUGCAGAGCGCCACGCCCUCUGGUCAGAGGACUGUGUCGCUCCCGUGGCCUCCGCAACAGGCCUCUAGUUGUGAAUGGAGAACAGUAGCAAGCACGUUGUCGAGUGUCAUGAAUGCACAAUAAAGCAACUGUUUGUUUAUUGCAUUUGCUCCGCGGGGAAAGAGAUGGAAAUGAAGGUUGAUCUGGAAGGAUAACAGACAAGCAAACCCUGCCUGAACAUUUUGAGAGGGCGGGUGAGGGGGGUUAGAACGGUUAGCCUGGAAUAACCUCCGGAGCGUGCAGGUGCCGAGAAGAGAAAGAUGCUCGUCCCUGUCAUCCUGUGUCUUGUAAUAUGAACAGUGCGAGGCGAAUGUGUUCCAAGCAAUACAGAUCAAAACCAUGCAAAGUGAAGGGCUGGGUAUUGUGCGCCUCCUUUGGGUGCUUGGAAAUGGACCGGAUACGAGCAGGAAGGGGGAGCAGGACGCAGAAAAGUUGCACGGAAGCUGUCGCAGAACUGUCGGGUUGGAAGGGACCCCGAGGGUCGUCUGGUCAAUAAUAAUAAUAAUAAUAAUAAUAAUAAUAAUAAUAAUAAUAAUUCAUUAUUUAUACCCUGCCCACCUGGCUGGGUUUCCCCAGCCACUCUGGGCGGCUUCCAACAGAACACUAAAAUACAAUAACCUAUUAAACAUUAAAAGCUUCCCUAAACAGGGCUGCCUUCAGAUCCCCCUGCAAUGCAGAAAAUCUUUUGCCCAACGCGGGGCUCGAACCCACGACCAUGGGUUUAAGAGUCUCCUGCUCUGCCGACUCAGCUAUCCUGGCUGGUUACGUUAGAGAUGUUGUUGAUAGCAUACUUGGAAGUGGACACAUCUAACAUCAGAAGGCAAGCCGGCUGGGAUCAGGCCAAUAGCUCAUCUGGUCUCGCAUCCUGUUCCCAUGUACCUAUGGGAUGCCUGCACAUGAGCAGAGCAUUCGGCCUCUGACAGUGGAGACCAAACAUAGCAAUCGUGGCUGAUGGAAUAUGCGCAGCUUGCGGACUUGUUGUUGUUUAGUCGUUUAGUUAUGUCCGACUGUUCAUGACCCCAUGGACCAGAGCACGCCAGGCACUCCUGUCUUCCACUGCCUCCCACAGUUUGGUCAAACUCAUGUUAGUAGCUUCGAGAACACUGUCCAACCAUCUCAUCCUCUGUCUCCCCUUCUCCUUGUGCCCUCAAUCUUUCCCAGGGUCUUUUCCAAGGAGUCUUCUCAUGAGGUGGCCAAAGUAUUGGAGCCUCAGCUUCAGGAUCUGUCCUUCCAGUGAGCACUCAGGGCUGAUUUCCUUCAGAAUAGAUAGGUUUGAUCUUCUUGCAGUCCAUGGGACUCUCAAGAGUCUCCUCCAGCACCAUAAUUCAAAAGCAUCAAUUGUUGGGUGAUCAGCCUUCUUUAUGGUCCAGCUCUCACUUCCAUUCAUCACUACUGGGAAAACCAUAGCUUUAACUAUACGGACCUUUGUUGGCAAGGUGAUGUCUCUGUUUUUUAAGAUGCUGUCAAAAGGGCUGGCUCCAGAGAGAGGCUGCUUAAAAUGGCGCUCAGCCAACCGCGGCUCAACAAACCCGGCCCCCUUCCUCCUCUAGGCAGGGCAGGGAAAAGCCAGGAAGAGGGAGGGAGGAGGUGCCGCCACAGUGGGGGGGGAUGGUGCAGCCUAAAUGAUCAGAAUCCCCAUGCCGAUCCAUGCGCCGAUUCCUGGACCGUCCACAGGCUGGAUCCAGAAGGCAAUUGGGCCGGCUCCGGCUCCCGGGCCUUAGUUUGCCUACCCAUGGUCUACCUCAAUAAUGCCCACACUGGCUGGCAGUGGUUCUAUAAGGUUUCAGGCAGAGAGGUUUUUUCCCAGCCCUACAUGGAGAUGCUGGGGAUUGAAUUUGGGACCUUCUGUGGUUUUCUAUUGGGAAUAGUACCAGGAAGUCUAAAGGAAGGAGAAGAGGAGUUUGGAUUUGAUAUCCUGCCUUUCACUCCCCUUCAGGAGUCUCAAAGCGGCUAACAUUCUCCUUUCCCUUCCUCCCCCACAACAAACACUCUGUGAGGUGAGUGGGGCUGAGAGACUUCAGAGAAGUGUGACUAGCCCAAGGUCACCCAGCAGCUGCAUGUGGAGGAGCGGAGACGCGAACCCGGUUCCCCAGAUUAGAAAGAAAUUGCAAUUGAGUAGAUUGGAAGUCUAACACAAAGGUGGGGUGAGGGGUGGUGGAUGGUGAUGGGGAAAGGAAUUAUUUGUGGGAUUGAGUUUAGGUAUGUUUGAACAUUUUUAAGGAUUGUAUGAAAUGUAUGUUUGUAUGUUUGUAUAUUCGCAAUAUGUGUGUAUUAAUGCUGAAAUAUUUUAACAAUAAAAACUUUUCAAAAAAAAGAAAAGAACUUGGGACCUUCUGCAUGCAAGGUUCUACCGCUGAGCUACACCUGCACCUGCCUAACUUGUUUUGUUUUUUCUUUUGUCUUCUCCCUUUGACCCAGCCGGACCGCGUCUUGUUAGCCCUGAAGAGAUACGUGCGGGCAGAACAAAAGGACCAGCGCCACACCCUCCGACAUUACCAGCACGUGGCAGCUGCUGAUCCCGAGAAGGCUGAGCAAAUGAAGUUCCAGGUCUGGUUUCCAUCCUUCCUCUUCUUCUUCUUCUUUCCCCUCCUGCCCGCCCCCCAGGUGCCCCUGUCUGGGGUCCCUGCACUCACACCUUCUUGGAGGAGGGGAGCAAUAAUAAACCUGGGCUGCUCUCAUCCCCAGGUCUACACCCACCUGCAUGUCAUUGAAGAACGGAUGAACCAGAGUCUGGCGCUGCUCUACAAGAACCCUCAGCUUGCCCAAGAGCUCCGAGGAGACAUUGGUAGGUCUAGAUGAGAUGGACCCAAAGGCCUGACCGGGUAGGAGAGGGUUUCCUAGAGACUGCCUUCAGGGGGAUGUUGUGGAGCUCCUCCUCUCCUUAUCCCAGCUGCCCAUAUCAUAAGAUCUUUAGAUGAGGCCCUUAUGCCCAGCCAGCUGUCCUGUGAAGUUCAGACCCUUCUUUCUGAUGGCACCAUAUCUGUGGAGGUGAAGGGCCGUGGCUCAGCGGUAGGGCAUCUGCUUUGCACCCAGAAGGUCCCAGGUUCAGCCCCCUGACAUCUGCAGGCAAGUGCCUCAUCUCUGAAAUGCCCGUCAGUGUCAGGCUUCAGGGACUCGUCUUCCUUCUCCCCCACCCCCUUUGGCAGUAGAUAAGUAGAACAAGCGAAAGGAGUCACUUACCAGUUAGAGAUUUUAAUGAGCACAGCGAGAGAACAAAGAAUCCAUUCCUAGGAAUGAAGGUGCUCCCAAUUAAGGGUUCCACCCGCUUCCCCCCAGUCACCCAUGUCAGUUCCUCGUCUUGCAACCACUGUGCUUUCUGUGCGGCCACCUUCUCUGCUCUCCUUGACCUUGGGCUGAGCGGAUGGACGCUUUCCAGCAAGAGAGAGUCUGUUAACCAACUCUCUCCCAGUUCUUCUUUUCCUAGCUGUUCACCACCCAGUCCUUCCCAACUUCUGCCUUCUGAACUAUGUCCCUCUGCAAACCACUGUUCCAAAUCUAUACUGUCCCAAUGCUCCUGGGAAGAUUCAGGGUCCUGACUAGGAGCAGGGGGAGGGGGAGGCUCCCACCAUUAUUCCUCAGUGCAGCCCUCCUCAGCACGAUCCCUGACAAUCAGUAGGCGAUACUAAAUUCAAUGGACUCAGUAAAAGGCAAUUUCCCAUGUGCCUAUUUUGGAGAAGGGCCAAAGCCCAGUAGAAGAAGAUCUGCAUUGCGUGUGGAAGGUCCCAGGGUUGGGCCUUAUGUCUCCGGGUUGGGCAGGCAAUGUCCUCAGUCUGAAACCCUCGGGAGCUGCCUCCAGUUAGUGGAGACAAUAUUGAAUUAGGUGGCCUAAUGGUCCAACUCAGUUUAAGGCAGCUGUCUAUAUAGUCUUAAUGCCCUCCCUUGAGGGGUAAAAACUGCCGGCAGUGUUAUAAUCAUUUCUAUGUCAGAUCAAAACUCCUUCAUUUGCCUGGGCUGUUCCAAAAAGUCCCAAGUUUUAGGAAUUUUAUUAGUAGGCAGCCUGUUCUGCUUGCUUGUUUAACACCUUUGUCUUUGGUUGUUAUGUAUGCUGAUGUGCUCCUUAAUCGUACGGCCUUCAUUUUUAUUUAUAUUUGCUUUUGUAUACCAUCUUGGUGUCUCUGUAGAUGAAGGGUGGUCUAAAUGCUUUUUUUUUUAUUUAUUAAAGAAGGGAAAUACUGCAAAAUGCUGAAUGUCCUCUUUGAGUGAUGGGUUUAGAUUUGCCAAGCAAGCACAGAGAGGAUCCCAUAAGGAUGGCUAAUAAUAAUAAUAAUAAGGUUUGGGGGAAACGGUUGCAGCACACGUAAUUGUGAAAAGGUAGGAGUGGAGUCGGCUGAUGUUCAGGGCAACUCUCUGACCCCUUUCUCUGUAAUGCUCUCCUAGAGGAGCUGCUGCGCUCAGAACGGGUGACCACCAACGACCUGCUCACCACCUCCAUCUCAGAGACACGCACCACUGAGGAAUUCCUGCCCAUGGACAGUAGCGAGGACUUGGUUUCUGAGAGCCAUUCGUACCCACGUGAUGGAGAAGGUGAGUUCAGGAUGCCUUUGAAAGAGAUGAUGCUUUGCUUAGCAAAGGUGACCAGCACACUCCUCAAGUCAUGACUGUCCCUGGAGCAUCAUAGUGGCCCAGUACAAAAGGAGCCGGUUCACAGGAGAUCUUGUUUUUAUUUUAAAAUAUGUUUAGGGUACUUACUAUUCAGAGAAUUGCAAAACAGUUCACACCAUAAAGAUACGCAUUCAUAACAUUUGGGGGGGAAAUGAUACAGGCAUAUAGAGUUGAAGAAUCCAGCAUGAAUCAUCAGGAACUGCCUGAACGAUGGGCAGGGAUGGAGGAGAAACUUGGUUCUGUUUGAGUUUUAAUGUGAACCUGCCCAAUUUGGAUUUUUCAAAACAUAGCUUUCCUUAGAAAUUCUCACUUCUAAUUUUGUCACUUCAAUUCGGCUUGUUUGUUUCCUCUUGUGAGUGAACUCGGUAGGACUUGCUUUUUGGUACAUAGAUAUUUGGGGAAGACAUAUCCGCUGGGGAAACUAAGGUGCUUCUAGGCUGUCGCUAUUUGCAGGUGUGAUUCAGUCACUUCCGAACAGAUUCAGGUUGUAUGAUAAUAGUUGAUUAGGAAGCCUUAAUCUUGCUUCUCCCCCAAAAAAAGCCAGACUUCUUGCAGUAAGGAAAGUGACAGUGAAAUUCACCUGGAAUUGUGGGUUGCUAAUUGCUUUAUGCAAUGUCAUCUAACCUCCCUGCGAUCCAAUCAGAACAAAUAUUCAGUAGACAGCAUCUAAUUUCUCCAGAAAGAAAUCGCAAUGGUUGCUCAACAAAGCCUUUUCUAGAACUGGCUCUGUUUUCAAUUUAGCCAAAUUCUCACUUAUUUUUGUAUUAUAUUUUAAGUUGCUUUGAUUUUCUUUCCUUUUUUUUUAAAAACCUACCACAACUAUAUAAAGUGCAAUAACCCAAUCAUCACCACGAGUGCACGAAAAGCAGGCUGUCUGGAGAGGCAUACAGGUUUAAAAAUAAGAGCGAUAGAGAUGAACCCAGCGAAAAGAAUCCAGCCACAGAGAAGAGAAAUAAUGAGAGAAGCCACCAAAGCAAACAGCAGCAGUCUGGAGACAGAAAAGAACAGAUAACAGACACAUUCCAGAUGUAAAAAUGGCUGGCUUGGUGACUGAUUGUAUCUGAGGAUCAAAGGAUAAUGAGGAGUGCCGAGAUUGCAUGCUUGGGCAGAAGGAUGGAUGGUGAGAUGAUCAAAGUCCACAGAGAUGCAGACUGUGAAAGAAACGAAGAAAGAAGAUAUCUUAAAUUUGAUGGGCAAAGGCCAUAGCUCAGUAGUUGCCUGGCGUGUCUGGUUAAAAAGGAUCUAAGAGCCGAUGGUGGGACAGACCUUUGCUGGAGACACUGGAGAGCCACUCAGACAAGGCUGAGAUAGAUGAAUAAAUAUUCUGACAUGGAUGAAAGCAGUUUCCUAUGGGCUAUUCUUAACCUUUAUAAAACUCAACUUUUAGACCCGGAACUCAUGCCCCAUAUGAAUGGGUUGAGUGAUACAGCCGAGUGAGAAAUUUGUGUGGAUGGGUUGUUGCUCAUUAUUUGACUCUUUCUGCAAUUUGACUUUUUGGUUCAGUGCUCUCUUUCCAACAUCUGAUGCAUUAUCAGUAUGGUCAGUUUUGCUUCGAUGUUGAUAAUGACCUUACUUGUAGAAAUUCCAUUUAUCUCCCAUUUUAAGGAGCUCCAAAAAGAUCUCUCCAAACAGGGUGAAUGGGCAUUAAAACAGCUCAUGCAAUUCAACGCAAGCAAGUGCAAAGCUUUGCACUUAGGGGGCAAAAUGCUGCAUCUUCACGUCUAGCUAGCGGUGACUGGCCAAGAAGGAGGUCUUGGGAUUAUUAUGGUGGAUAGCUCAAUGAAAAUGUCUAUCCAGUCUGCAGCAGCUGUGAAAAAUGUGAAUUCCAUUUUGGUGACCAUUAAGAAUAUAAAUUAGGAAAGGAAUCGAAAAGCAAAACUGCCAAUAUAAUAAUGUCAUCGUAAAAAAUCUAUGGUGCGACCACAUUUGGAAUACUGUGUGCCGUUCCAGUUACCGUGCCUGAAUACAAUACAAUAUUGUAGAGCUGUAAAACAUUGAAGAAAAGGCAAUUAAAAAUGAUCAAGGGGCUGGAGCAACACUCCUUUGAGAAAAGGUUACAGUGUUAGGAGCUUUUAGUUUCGGGCGGGGUGGGAGAAAGUGAGCAAGGGAGAAUAUUAUGUAAAGAAAAAGGAUAGAGAGAUGUUUUCUACCAUCUCUCAUAAUACUAGAAGCCAGGAUCUUUCAAUGAAGCUGAAUGUUUGAAGAUUCAAGACAGAAGAAAGAAAGUGCUUAUUCACACAGCACAAAGUUAAUGGCCACAAGCCUGGGUGGGUUUAAAAGAGGGUUAGGCAAAUUCUUGGAAGACUAGUCAAUUUUAUGGAGUUGUUAUUAGUGUACAAAGCCCUGAACAGUUGGAACCCACAGGCUUGAAAGAGUGCCUCCCCCAAUACUUACAAGUCCUGCCUCUUCAUAUUUGUGGGAGGGGCUCUGCUUGUGAUUCCACCAAUGGACACGGCCUUUGGCGUAGCAAUGUGUGGCAGGGCCUUCUCUGUGGCUGCCCCUAUUGCAAAAUUGCCUCCUGAUGGAGAUCCAAUUGCGCCCCACCCUGAUUUCCAAUGGGCAGCAGUUUAAGACCUAUUUGUCUGGGCCUUUGGCAUAUAGUCAGAUGGGAGGUUGAGUGUCCAGUUGUUUGCUUUCCACUGUAUUGCAUCUAAUGAUUUAACCUUUCUGUGUUUAUUGUUUGGAUGCUAAUUUUAUCUGUAUGAUUAUUGUUAGACCGCCUGGGCUCCUUCUGGAAGCAGGGUGGGAUAUAAGAAUAAUAAAGAAGUGAAAAUAAUGAUGGCUGUGUACUACCUCCCAAUAUUGGAGGGGAUAUGCCUCUGAAUACCAAUUCCUGGGGGGCACAAGUGGGUAGAUUGCUAUUGGACUCGGGUUCGGCUUUCAGGCUUCCCGGAGGCAUCUGAUUGGCCACUGUGAGAACAGGAUGCUGGGCUGUUUAGGGAUAGCUCAGUUGGUUAGAGCAUGGUGCUGAUAAUGCCAAGGUUGCAGGUUCAAUCCCUGCAUGGGACAGCUGCAUAUUCCUGCAUUGUAUGGGGUUGGACUAGAUGAUCCUCAGGGUCCCUUCCAACUCUACAAUUAUACGAUUUUAUAACUAGAAGGAUCUUGUUCUCUUACGUUCACAAACCCAAUCCUGAUCAGGCCCUCCCACAACAACAAUUUAAACCAGUGUUUCCCAAACUUAGAUCUCCAGUUGUUUUUGGACUACAGCUCCCGUCAUCCCCAGCUAGCAGGACCAAUGGUCAGGGAUGAUGGGAAUUGUGGUCCAAAAAACACUGAUUUAAACAAUGCAGUGCUAAGACUCAGCACACUGAAUGUGUUUCCUUGUUUAAUAGCAUUGUCUAAUUGGACCCUUUGAGAGUGCAGCAUAACCAAAGCUGGGCUGGGAUUUGAACUCGCAUCUCACUGCCCAGUCUUAGACACGCAGUAGAAUGAAGUGUUGGAAUCGACUGCAGUGAAGCAUCACACCCUUUUGAGUUCUCCGCUAUGCUAAAAGCUCCCCGCAAACAGAGAAUGAGCUCAGCAGACAGACAGGCUAGAGCUCUGCUGUUCUGCUUUGCUACUUGCUGAGUGUGUAACAUGAGGAAGCAUUCCAAAGCAGUAUCCCCCACCUGUAGUUUGAAGAGGUUGCAGUUCCAAGACUUUCUUUUUUCAGAUCCUAAGCAGUGACAUCAUCUUCUGGAGCGCCAGGCGGGGGGUAACUGAUGGACUUUGUUCUUGCUCUGGCAAGUGAAUGAGAUAGUAGCGAGACUUUCAUGUUUGCUUGCGACAGAUUAGCAUAGAGGAAGUCAGGGAAUGAGGAAAAAUAAUCCAGAGGCUGGAUACUUCGUUCCUUUUCUUUUGAUAGGGUUCCUUUUUCAUGCCUUCAGUUUUUGAAUAGCAACAUUUCAUUUCUUUACUUGAUUGCUAGCUAAAGGUUGCACUUCAGUUGGUUGAAGGUAUCGGUGUGUUUUUAGAAGUUGAACCAUGGGUAGGCAAACUAAGGCCCGGGGGCCGGAUCCGGCCCAAUCGCCUUCUAAAUCCAGCUCGCGGACGGUUCGGGAAUCAGUGUGUUUUUAUAUGAGUAGAAUGUGUGCUUUUAUUUAAAAUGCAUCUCUGGAUUGUUUGUGGGACAUAGGAAUUCAUUCUUCCCCCCCCCCUUCAAAAUACAGUCCGGCCCCUCACAAGGUCUUAGGAACAGUGGACCGGCCUCCUGCUGAAAAAGUUUGCUGACCCCUGAGUUGAACCUAUACAAUGAGAAGGUCAAUGGAGCUACUCCCAGGAAACCAAGCAUAGGAUUGCAGUGGUGUUGAUCUGUGGUUGUGUUAAUGUGCUGCUGUGCGUUCCCAUAAUAAUGCCUGCAUUUUUGGACUUGACUUGGGGUGUGUCUAUAGGGGCCCUUGCACUUUACCACUUUGCCAUGUAUCACUUUACCACUGCUUCUGUUGUGUAUGGACCCAGCCUGGGUCCAAACACCAGCAGUCCUCGAAAGCAUUCCAGUUCUUAGAAGAAAAUUCUGCUGGCGCCUUUUGCAGAUGCUCACCUGUUCAGCCCAAGGCAUCUCCGGUCCAAGUGGCUGGCGUUCGGGAAUACCCUCUGCUUGAGACUUUGGAGGGUCAUUGUCAAUCUGAGUAGGCAGUACUCUUCCAUUUGAGGAAGGGCCCCUUUGGCUCAAUGGUAGAGAAUAGAUAGCUUCCUUUAUGCUGGACUAGAUGAGGAAACAUCAGGCCUGGCAAAAGGCAAUUCCCUGUGCCUGUCUUCUGCAAUCUGCAAGCCUCACUGGAAGGCCCUGGGUUUCAGGAAGAGACUUAUUUCACUGAAGCCCUUUCUGCUUGGGCAACAACAAAGGAUGAGAAAAUCUGUCUGUUUCAGUUUCUCUCUGCUGCUAAUUUUUCUCAUCUUAAAUUUAGUUUACUAGAUUUUUGCAGCAGUUUGUGAAUCUUUUUUUAAAAACUCCUAACGAAAAUGCAUCAACAUUUUAGUGUGCAUUUCUGCUAAUAUACCCAUUUUUGCAAGUGAUUUCCCCCAUCAUAGAAUUGUAGAGUUGGAAGGGACCUUGAGGGUCAUCUAGUCCAGCCCCCUGCAAUGCAGGAAUCUUUUGCCUAAGAUGGGGCUCAGUGCCACGACCCAGAGAUUCAGAGUCCCACGCUCUACCAACUAUUAGAUCAUUUUUGCAUGUUUUGUGUGUUAUUUUGCAGUCAGAGAUGCAUUUUAUCUACACUUUCUCCCAAUUUACACAUUUUUGGGAUGUGCAGAUUUUGAAAGACAGCUGUUGUUUUGCAAAAGCCUGAUGCAGAUAAUCUCUCUUCCAAUGCAAACUGAACUGAAUUUCUCACCUCCCGCCCCUCGCCAAUGCUUGCAGGAGUAUGAUCUGGACAUGUUUAACAUCAGUUAUCCUGUGGUGAUAACCUAAGUUAUAUUGCAGCCAGAAAUUUUGUGGUCUAAGGGGAUUUUGUUGGGGGGAGCCAAAACCCAGCCGCGUACGGGGGAUAUUUUACUCAGUUUCUCACAAAGCAGCAAUACAGCCCACCAGCUUUUAAAACAGAGAUUGCCUAAUGCGGUUAGAGUUGUUUGCUUGCACUGCUGCUUAUGAGCAGUUGGGUAAAAUACCUACAUGGGUUUUUUUUUGUUCUGUCUCCACAAGCAAAAGGUCUGACUUCUGUCUAAUGAAAGCAGAACGUUCUAGGGAAGGGGAUAUCUUUAGAGGAGGUCAGACCCCAGGAGCACUCUUUUGGCUAUAAUCUUAUAAUAACCCUUUGGUUCAUGUCAACCGUUCAAUUUGCUUCUAUGAGUUCAAAGCAUGAAUGGUAAAAAUAAUAAUGCUCUCUGGGGUGUGCAACUCGCCUCUCGCUUCAUCCUAGAUUAAGAAGAGCUUCUGUAGCACAAUAGCAGCGAUGCCGUCUCCUCUGGUAUGCAGAGUUGGGCGGAGGGAACGGCACAGUUCCCUAGAGGAAAACAGCAGCCUAUGAAUGAACUAAGAGAAAAGAGGGUGAAUGAUGCAGUGAUCUUAUUAUGCUGGAUGGCUGCUACACCAGAACGAUCACCUCCGUGAUGUGAAUGGUGCUCCAAAGAGGCAAAGUCGACAGCGUACAACAGCAGCUGUAGGAAUGAACGCGAACAGAGCAACAUGGACGGCCAGCAUUGCCAGGAACUCCUGCUGCUACCUAUUAAUCAUUGCGUUACGCACUGACGGAGCCUCGAGGCUACCUGCGCGUAGAAGGGGCCAAUCGGAAGGUGCAGAAGAGCAAAUUGCUAGGCUGAGGCUGCCUUACGCUGUCCCAGGCACCCUCAUGCUCUCGUUCAUUGGCAUUCUCCCUGACGUCCACAUUUCUGGCCCUAACCGCUUGGGGGGGGAAGGCAGUGAAGUCAUUGCGACAAUAGUUCUGUGUCCAACGGGGAUUGUCGCAUCAGAAUCACGUCUCCAGUUCUGCUGCAUGUAUCCUGCAAGGAACCACAAGCCGUGUCUCCUUUCACUUUCUUGUCCCCAGUCAUGAGUACACGAAUGUGAGGAGACGUAUCAGCUGUUGGGAGAGUGAACCUUCCCCAUAUUUGUUUUUGUCUCCCUGCUUGCCACCAACUGCGGUUUUUAUUUUCUUCAGAUGGUGUCUAAAUGAUGAUAUCUCAUAAUGGGGAGGGGGCAGUGGCCGGGCACCUGCUUGGCAUGCCCUUGUUCUCUGGUGUGCAGAAAAUGGGCAGAGAUCUGGGUUUUCAUGCUCAUUGGGACUUGGAGUCUCAACAAAUCUAAACAAAGUCCUUCCCGGUUCAACUAGCCUUUUAAGUAGUCAUCUUUCCUGGUCUGCAUCUUUAUUAGAAUGGUUUUUGUAUGUUCUAGUUGUUUUAUAUUUUGUGGAUUUGCUGCCCAGGGCUCCUUCAGGAAGAAGGAUGGGAUAUACAUUUUGUUAUUAAUAAUAAUAGUAAUAGUAGUAGCAGUAAUAAUAAAAUGUUGGCAGGACUGACGAACUACUUCACACAGCGCAUAGUUCAACAGCGUCAUUCAUCACCACAAGGUAUAGCGAUGGCCACCAAACUUGGACAGCUUCCCAUGGAGGUUAGACAAAUUCAUGGGGAAUGAAGCUAUCAAUGUCAACUAGCUAUAAUGCCUGUGUACUACCUCCAAUAUGCCUCUGAACACUGGUCACUGGAGAUCACGAGUGGGAGAGGUCUCUUGAACCUAUGUCCUGCAUCUGGGCUUCCUGUAUGCUGGACUAGAUGGGCCUUUGGUCUAAUCCAGCAGCGCUCCUUUUAUGUUCUUAACUUUCUUUUUCUGGCAUGCCUUGUUUCAAUGGCUUUCAAACAUUUUUUGCCUGUAGAAGGAAUUCUUUCUUCCACCGAUGUGUUUGCCUCGGGAAAAGCCCCUUAAAUGUCAGUUGUGGAACUCUUGCUCAGUAUAGAAGGUUCUGGAACAACUUCUUGCUAUUGCCAUGGGUGCAAUAGACCACACACUCAGAACUCACCCAGUGCUCUCCUACAAGAGAGGAAGUGAUUACCAAAGCAUCUUUCAGGGAAGCUUUUCUGCCAUUGCUGGUCUUCUCUUUGAGGGGACCCCCAGAUUAGGGGUGAGGUAGGCAAAUUUAUCUAAUUCACACUUCCUGAAACAAUAUGCAAACUGAAACACAGACAUCCUUUCACAUGUGAAAGUUUCUGAAUUUUGUAGUGCAGUUCUCCAGCCGAGUAAUGUGUACAAAAAUUCACAUACUAGGGUAACGUAUGCAAAAAAGUGCACAUUUUAAUGAAAAUAACAUACAAAAAUGCAUUGUUUAAAAAAAGAAACCACUUUGCUUUAAUGUGUAUGUUACACACAUUGCAUACAAAAAUCUGUGUGGAGAAAUUUGCAAUAAAAUGCUGACGAAUUUUCCUGAGAACCUUUUAAAAAGAGAUUUGCAAAUUGAUAUGGAAAGGUGGAGAGCUGAAUUUAAGAUUUGAAAAAUGGGGAAUUGAGGGAAACCAAAACAGAUAGGUUAGCGCCUGUCCCUAUCCCAACCACUAAUGAUACCAUGUCCAAUGAAUCUGCAGUGCUCCUUCAAACACAGCUUGAAAACCAGUUGCCCUACUUGCUAGCUUUGCCUUCUGCUAUCUCAACACUCUGGGCCUCAAACUUGUCUUCUUUUCUUCCUUUUUCUGUUCUUUUCUUUCUUUAUGCUAUGCUUAAUCUCUCCUCCUGCUGCUCUGUGGGGAACGGGCAGAUUCUGAACAAGCGGACAAGAAAGGUGAGUGCCCCACGCCCAUAUACAACACCACCCCCUGGGAGUUUUGGUGGUGUGGGGGGAGAAGAGUUUUGGGUCAUUUUUUGUCCAAAAUAACUCCAUGCCAGAGUAAAUGGUGAUACCUGAGACGCUUAAUGACUUGAGACCUCUGUUCCUCUGUUCCACAGCUUCAGGGCUGGCAGAAUAUGACUAUCCAACCAGUGACAAGGCCUUGCUGUACGAAUAUGAACGUAAGGUAAGCUGGAUGUUUCUGUAGCAUUCAUUGUUUUUAUUAAUAUUUACAGCCUUCCUGUACUCCAAGCAGCUCAAGGUGAUGGGCAUGGUUCCCCUACCACAACUCUCAUUUCAGCCUCACAAUAACCCUGUGAGAUAUUUUGAGACCCACUCCAUCUUUAAAGCACAUCCUUCCCACCCAAGAAUUCUGGGCACUGUGGUUUCUUAAGGGUUGCUGAUUAUUAUAACUCCAUGAGGAGUAAACUACAGUGCCCAGAAUUCUUUGAGAGAAAGCAUGCUUGAAUUUGCUUUAAAGAUAUAGUGUGUACACAGCCUGAGAGACAUACUUUCUGGCUCAAGGUCAACCAGUGAGUUGAAUGGGGUUUUGAGCUUGAGUCUCUUCAGUCCUAGCCUGACACCCUGUCUAGGCACCACAACUCUCUCGCUAACAUUUUAUCUUCUUAGUUUUAUUAGCUGUGUGAGUAAGUGUGGCUGGUUGCUUUCAAAAUCAAAAAUGGGCUUAAGCAUCUUGCAACUUCUGGGGAUAGAUGCCUAUGAAACUCUCUGAUGUGUUGGCUUUCCAAAUGGAGGGAGAAUUUUAGGCCAUGAGGUUCUGAAAACAAAUACCAUAUUUUUUGCUCUAUAAGACUCACUUUUUCCCUCCUAAAAAGUAAGGGGAAAUGUGUGUGCAUCUUAUGGAGCGAAUGCAGGCUGCGCAGCUAUCCCAGAAGCCAGAACAGCAAGAGGGAUUGCUGCUUUCACUGCGCAGUGAUCCCUCUUGCUGUUCUGGCUUCUGAGAUUUGGAAUAUUUUUUUCUUGUUUUCCUCCUCCAAAAACUAGGUGCGUCUUGUGGUCUGGUGCAUCUUAUAGAGCGAAAAAUACAGUAGUUCCCCAUGGGGAUGUUGACGUACUGUGGUUUUGUGGAUGGGCUGUACCACAUUUCCUCCCCACCUGUUUUGAACUCCCAUUGUCAAGCAUGAAUUGGGGAACUGCUGGGCUCUUUUAAGUAAAAGAUGACUGGGGCCAGGAACUGUGUGUGUGUGUGUGUGUGUGUGUGUGUGUGUGUGGUUAAGUUGGCAUUUCAAGGGGAACCUACCUAAUUCUCACUUCCUGAAACUAUAUGCAAAUUGAAAUGCAGCCAUCCUUCAUAACUCGCCAUUCUCUGAAAAUAGCCAUGCCAUUCUCCAACCAAGUAACUUGUACAAAAAUUGGAGUUGCUAGGUAAAGUGGCCAUAAGGAUGCAUAUGUAAGCAAAAACAGCAUGCAACCAGGCAAAGUAUUCCUGCCUUGCAGAGGGUUGGACUAGAUAACUCUUGUGGCCCCUUCCAACUCUACUAUUCUAUGAUUAUAUUGGGGGAAAUUGCUUCAAAAAUGUGUAUAUUAGGAGAAGCUCACACAAAAAUCCUGAUAAUUUUUCAUGAGGACUUCUUUAAAAAUCAUUUUAAAACUGAUGUGGAGAACAAAACUUAAGAUCUUGAAGGAGGCAAAUAAGAAACAGAGAGAAACCAAAACUGAUCUGGCCCUCCAGAUGUUGUUGGACUCCUGCCAUUAAAACUAUUAUUCAAUUUUUUACCAGUAGGUCCCAGUGUGGGUUACAACCAUUUAAAAACCAAUAUUGAAAACAUCCCUGGCCAUUGGCGAUGUUUACUGGGACGGAUGGGAGUAGGAGUCCAGCAAUGUCUGGAGGAAGCCCAACUGUUUAGGGCUGAUAUGAGUUGGAGUCCAACUAUUUACACUAGAUGACAGCUGCCCUAUGCUGCUGGAGGGAUUUGGUACCGAGGAGAGGGUAAACACUGCUUUGAAGUCUCAUUUUUCUCCCUUAGCCCUUCCAAAAUCUAAGCAUCUCCUCCUCUCCCCUCACCACAGGUCAAUGUGUCCGCCUCAGAUGUCAAAGGCAUGGUGUACAAGUCCCAAGAGAUCCAACGUGACGAGCUGGUAAGUGGCUUUGGAGCCAGCCAGAAACAACCGCACCUCGCCAUCCCACCUGGUCAGGUGUGCAUCCAACCCCACACCCUCCCUUAUGUGCAUUCUGUACCCUGUAUUCAUCCAUCCAGACUCGUCUGUUUCCCCACCCCACAUCACAGACUAAGGCCCAAACUAGAAGAAACACCUGUCACCUAGAAUGCAAGCUUUUUCAACAAGAAUAAAGUAGCUGGGGAGAGACAUCUAGUUUGACCCUGAGAGCUGGGUGAAGUGGCUGUCAUUUAUCUCCCUAUUUAUUUUUUAAAACUGGGCAUUGAGGCCUGCCUGCCUCUCUUUCUCUCUCUCUCUGUCAAGUCUUUUCAGUGGUUCAAAGCUAUUCUGUCAUGUGAUCAUGCGUAGGUGUGGGAGAACGUAUGCAGCAAGUAAAAAUAUGCUUCUGAAGGCAAUUCUCCCUCCCUUAAAUUCAUGAAUGAGCUUCCUGGAAUGAGCUUUCAGCACACUAGGCCCAAACCACAGAUGGAAGUAGUGGUGUGGUGGCAGGUUGAGAUGUAGAGGGUGGAGGCCGCUCCCUGAGAUAGUUCAGUGGUGGACAGAGCAAGUCCUCUGCAGGCAGGAGGCCCCAGUUCUAUCCCUGGCACCUUCAGGUGGUGAAGCGUCUGCCUGAGGCUUGGGACAUAGAGAGAGGCCUUGCAAUGAGUCCAGACAUUGGUGCAACGAACUCAGCCCCACUUGGGUAUACAGCCACAAAUGGAUUGGCGUCAGUUCUCUAGAGCUUCACAGAGGAGUCUUGUUCAGACCACACCUGGAGUACUGUGUCGUCUUCUGGGCACCACAAUUUGAGAAAGUUGUUGACAAGCUGGAUCAUGUUCAGAGGAGGGCAUCAAAGAUGAUUAAGGUUCUGGAAACCAAGCCUUAUGAGGAGCGGUUGAAGGAGCUGGGUAUGUUUAGCCUGGAAAAGAAGAGACUGAGAGGAGAUAGGAUACCCAUCUUCAAAUACCCCAAGGGCUGUCAUAUGGAAGAUGGAGCAAGCUUGUUUUCUCUUGCUCUGGAGCAUAGGACUUGACCACCGGUCCUCUCAUCUAACCCCUUGCAAUGCAGGAAUGUUGCUGGACUCCAAUUUCUGUGUGCCCCAGCAAGCCAAUGGCCAAUGGUCAGGGAUGAUGGAGGGAUAAGGAGGUCAGCAACAUCUGGAGGAACACCACACUGGCUACCCUUGGCCCUAAGGCUUCCAGCAUCACACCCAGUUGUUGAUUUCUUUUUAAUUAAAAAAAGAAACUAGCAGAAUGUUAGCAUUUCUGUAGCUCUCUGCUAAAGCCCUGACACUCCAAGGCAAAGCAGUCGAGUGCAUGGACAAAUUUCCCAGCCUAGCAGAUGUUUGGCACCGUCAGCUUUGGCACUAUCAAUCACCUCUGGGUGGAUGGGAAAGGGGUGCUUAGAUGCAGUUCCUCCAUCACCACCACCUCUCCAAAAAUGGUACUGGAUGCUGUUGAAGCUGGCAGCGCCAAGCAUCUGUUAAGCAGGUGUGCGUGGCAUCCCAUGUUCCUCAAAUGGGAAUAGCUCUGGAUCCAUGGGCUUUGGCCAUGCCCAUUUCUGCACAUGUGGUCAUUAUUCAGCAAGGCAAACGUCUCUCAAAAUCUGGGCUUCGGAGCACGGAUUGCCCUUGUUGGAUCCGGGUUCUAAAGUUACUCCCUCCCCCCCCCUUUCUCUUUUUUUGCUUUUAACUUUAGUUCCUUUCAGAACUCUUGGGAGAAUUCCAUCUGCUCCUGGUGAUUUAUGAGUUUAAUCUAUCCGUUUGCUCUAAAAUGUCCUCCAAAGACGAUUCAGUUUCUGUCAUUUCUUCAGAUUUAUUGCCUUCAUGGGGAACAGCUUGGGUGUAUCUCACCAACCUUGUCUUUGUCUAAGACAGAUGCAAAGCACUCAUUUAACUUCUCUGCAAUAUUUCUGUCGUCCUUAAGUGCUUUUUUUACAUCUUGAUGGUCUAAUGACCCAAGCAAUUCUCCCUGGCAGGCUUCCUGCUUCUAAUGUAACCCUUUUAAAAUUCUUCUCCUUGGGCUUUUAUGUCUCUAUCUAGAUGCUUCUCAUUCUUCCUUUUUCUUCCUCUGUUCCUUCCCCCCCUCCCCCCCUUCUCUUACCUUAUUAGGCGUUUUAUUAUGUUUCAGCUGAUAGAAUUUCAGCUCCUUCAUUUCCCUUCAUUUGGGCUGAAUCUCCACUUUUAGAAAAGGACAUUUUCUCAACGUUAUUCAAGUCAGUGCUCUUGGAUCUGUAUUCAGAAAGGCUUUAAAAUGUGCAUCGGCAAAAUUUCCUAGUGGGAUAUCUUAGGAAUUGCUCUUUUGGAAAAGAAAGAAAGAAAGAAAGAAAGAAAGAAAGAAAGAAAGAAAGAAAGAAAGAGGAAGGAAAGAAGGAAGGAACCUCUCCCUCCUGUAAUGAUUAUUUCAUCCUUGUUAAUAGUAGGGAAGGGGAGAAAUUCAAUUUUGUUUGCAUUUUAAUGAGCAGCUACCUAUUUCACGCUUCUUGAACCAAUAUGCCAAACAAAGCACAGCUGUUCUUUGAAAUUCACACAUCCCUGAAUUUCGCAAUGCAUUUCUCCAACCAAACAGGCACAAACUUUGCAUAUAUAUGGAGACGCUGUGCCUAAAAUUCAUACGUUCAUGAAUAUAACAUACAAAUGCAUUGCAUACUGGGAAACUGUUUUGCAAAGUUUAAUGAACUGAUUUGGGGCAAAGAGGAGGUUAAGGGGUGAUAUGAUAGCCAUGUUCAAAUAUAUAAAAGGAUGUCACAUAGAGGAGGGAGAAAGGUUGUUUUCUGCUGCUCCAGAGAAGCGGACACGGAGCAAUGGAUCCAAACUACAAGAAAGAAGAUUCCACCUAAACAUUAGGAAGAACUUCCUGACAGUAAGAGCUGUUCGACAGUGGAAUUUGCUGCCAAGGAGUGUGGUGGAGUCUCCUUCUUUGGAGGUCUUUAAGCAGAGGCUUGACAGCCAUAUGUCAGGAGUGCUCUCAUGGUGUUUCCUGCUUGGCAGGGGGUUGGACUCGAUGGCCCUUGUGGUCUCUUCCAACUCUAUGAUUCUAUGAUUCUAUAUAGCAGGCAAAUCUGCAUCCCAAAAUUUGUUAGAAAUUUGCACUAAAAUGCUGGCAGAUUUUUAAAAGUUUUUGUUUUUUUACAAAAAAAGAAAGAAAUUGCAAACUACUGCAGAAACAUAAAGAACUUAAUUUAAGGGUGGCAUAGAUUUCAUUUCAUGCAUAUAUUAGCAUUACUUGGCUAGACUGCUACGUUGCAAAAUUUGGGGAAGUGUGAAUUUCAAGAGAUGGGUGUGUUUCAGUCUGAAUAUUGUUUCAGAAAAUGUGGUGGGUUUGACUUUAAAAGCAAACAAUCAAAUUUCUUUCCCACCCCACCCCUACCCCUCUUUUGUGCAGCGGCCAUUCAUAUAUUUUUCUUUCUUUCUGUACAAAUGUGUAUGUACACGGAAUGACCUUAUUUGUUUGGUCCAACUUUUUGGGAUACAGAAAUUGUGUCUGCUCCUUCUAGCCAAUAUUCGUUUCCUAGCUUGUUGCGGCUUGAAGCGCUUCUCCGAGUAUCUCCUUUGAUGUUGUUGUUGUUGUUGUUGUCGUCGUCCUGCGUACAAAAGCCAUUCUCUGGCUUCUGUCUUUGCCGCAUUCUGUUCAAGCCGUAGAAUCCAAAGCAGGGAGGUACAGAAUGGGAGCAGGCUGGGAGAGCCAGUGUGGUGUAGUGGUUAAGAGCGAUAGACUCGUAAUCUGGGGAACCGGGUUCGCGUCUCCGCUCCUCCACAUGCAGCUGCUGGGUGACCUUGGGCUAGUCAGACUUCUCUGAAGUCUCUCAGCCUCACUCACCUUACAGAGUGUUUGUUGUGGGGGAGGAAGGGAAAGGAGAAUGUUAGCCGCUUUGAGACUCCUGAAGGGGAGUGAUAAAGCGGGAUAUCAAAUCCAAACUCCUCCUCCUCUUCUUCUUCUUCUUCUUCUUCUUAAUGAACUGAUUUCGGGCAAAGCACUAAACCAUAGCUUAGCAAUUUGAGGGUGAGCUGAGGAUGAGCUGAGGUGUGGCCAUGAGGAGAAAUUCAGAAGCUUUUGCUUCUGUUCUAGAUUAACUGCAGUAUUAGCAUGUUGUCUGAACCCAGAGCAGACUGUGGUUAAUCUUAAAUAUGAUUAGUGAAAACAAGCCAAAUGACAGUGUCCCCCACAGGGGAGAAUUUUAUUUCUUUAAAGCAAUUGUGUCCUGCUCUUCAGCCCAGAGUGGCUUUCAGGCAAUCACUUGAAACAAGACAGUCCCUACCUGCAGGCAUACUAUCUUACAGAGGGCCUUCUUGGUAGUGGCACCCUCCCUGUGGAACGGCCUCCCUUCAGAUGUCAAGGACAUAAAAAAGAGCACCAUUUUGCAAACUGAAAAACUUUUAGAAGACAUCUGAAGGCAGCCCUGUAUCUGGAGGUUUUUAAUGUUUGAUGUUUUAUUAUGUUUUUAUAUGUGCUGUAAGCUACCCAGAGUGGCUGGGUAAACCCAGUCAGAUAGGUGGAAUAUUAUUAUUAUUAUUAUUAUUAUUAUUAUUAUUACUGACAAACAUGACACACAAGGAGAAAGGGACAAGGAGGGAAGAGGAAUAACUCAGGCACCAAAUUUCAAAUAGCAGUUCUUAUAAUGGCCAGCUGAUGGAACGAGCCUUGCUUUGUAUCUCACCCAUUGAUGCAGGCUGGCGGAAUGGGCUGCAGUCUGGAAGACUGUGUUCAAUAAGAUCACUCCAGGCACUGAUGAUUCUGAAGUUGAGAAGAGGCAGAAACAUGCCCCAUAUCCGAGGUCUUGCCUAUAUGCAGCCGCUUGAUUUUGUGCUGUAGAAGUCAAUGGAACCAUCCAUUUUAAACAGACUAAAGCUUAAACACCCCCUGCGACACUGCUACGCCCAAAGAACUUUUAAUAAUUGCUCGCCGUUUAUGAGGGGGCUCGGGGUCUGUCUUUGAGUCAGGGCUUUAGACCUGCGACACAUGAGGAAAUAAAGGCUUCAGAGCAUACACAGAGUUCCUUAAGCAAGUAUUCUCAUCAGGGAUGAAAAGGAGGCAUUGAUGGGCAAGGAUGGCCACCUAUCAGGGAUGCUGUACAAGUGACUUUCCUACAUUGGUGGAGGGUUAGACUAGAGGAUCUUUUGAGGUCCUUUCUGACUCUGUGAUUGUAAGUGCUAUUGGCUCAUCGAAACCUUGUGCACAUUUUGUCUUUUAACGUCUUUACGAUGCUCUUGGUUAUAUGCCGAAUUCCAAAUCCCCGUUCGAGUCAGUUGACUCUCUGCCCCGUGUACAUCUGUUGUAAUAUAAACCUCCAGCUACACCUUGGCCUCUGCUUUCUCUGUUGUGGCUGGUUGUUAGUUCAGCUCUUUUCCAAAAGGAUCACUGGCAUCAGAUUACUCUGUGGGAAGCAGGGUGAUCCGGUUUGCUUCUCUGCAGAAUCCCAAACCAAAGAGAACUUUAUCCUAAGGGAGUUGGGUGUUUUGUUUUGUGUUCUGUGACUGAGGUCACCCUCUGCUUUGUGUCACUUUUUGCUUCCUGGUUUAUAGAUUUUUUCAAAUUGUGCUUGAAGGAAAGGUCACUUCUGCUACAUUUCUUUUGUUUGUGGGCCUUAAAGGAGUUUUCUUAGGGGAGCAAUUGGAGAUGGAAGUGUUAGCUUUCCAGUAAGGGCAAAACUGGGAAAUGUCAUCCAGUUGGCUUGGCCACAGACGUCCUUUGUUUUCUGCCAAACCAGGUGAUGGCAAUCAGUUAAGGUGCCUUGACAAGGGAUGCUAAAGUUGAGUUUUUGUCUGUUGUUUUUUAAUAAUAAUAGAAAUAGAAAUAGAAAUAGAAAUAACCCACCUUCUUCAUAUGGCAAAAUGGCAUAGAAAGUAGAAGCACCAUUUUGCAAACUGAAAAAGUGUUCAUUCCAGCCCCAUGUAGCUUUUACAUCUGAAUUACAGAUGCAGGAACUGGAAACAUUGACUUAAGAAUCAUUUGCGAAAAUGGCCUUGGGCAGGAGAACAAAUCCCAUUUUAUUUCUGCUCUGAAUGCCUGAUGAAUGCUGCUGGGAUCAAAAGCUUACUCUGAGCGCUGUGGAACUUUGCAACAGUUGAUGUAAUCUUUACCUAAUCCUUUUCUUCUUAGUAAGUAAUGCCUUUUGUGAGUGCAAAUUCCAUCCCAGUCUUUAUCCACACAACAGCCCUGUGAACAAAGCCCCUACUCUCACUUUUUAACAGGUCAGAACCAAGGCAGUAAGUGGCUUGCCAUUGGCUUCAUCGUGAUCGGUGCCUUUCUACGCAUUUCAUGGCAGAAAACUGACAUUUGCCACGAGUGGCGUAGUGCUCUGGGGUUGGGGAGGUCAAAGGCCCAUUAGUAUUUCUGUAGCAGGGUCCCUCGCUCCAGGGUCCUAGAGACACCCCAUCAGGGUUUGUUGUUGUUGUUUAGUCAUUUAGUCGUGUCCGACUCUUCAUGACCCCAUGGACCAGAGCACGCCAGGCACUCCUGUCUUCCACUGCCUCCCACAGUUUGGUCAAACCCAUGCUGCCAUCUUCAAGAACACUGUCCAACCAUCUCGUCCUCUGUCGUCCCCUUCUCCUUGUGCCCUCCAUCUUUCCCAACAUCAGGGUCUUUUCCAGGGAGUCUUCUCUUCUCAUGAGGUGGCCAAAGUAUUGGAGCCUCAGCUUCAUGAUCUGUCCUUCCAGUGAGCACUCAGGGCUGAUUUCCUUAAGAAUGGAUAGGUUUGAUCUUCUUGCAGUCCAUGGGACUCUCAAGAGUCUCCUCCAGCACCAUAAUUCAAAAGCAUCAAUUCUUUGGCGAUCAGCCUUCUGUAUGGUCCAGCUCUCACUUUCAUACAUCACUACUGGGAAAACCAUAGCUUUUCAGGGUUUGUAGUAUAGAAUCAUAGAGUUGGAAGAGACCACAAGGGCCAUCGAGUCCAACCCCCUGCCAAGCAGGAAACACCAUCAGAGCACUCCUGACAUAUGGUUGUCAAGCCUCUGCUUAAAGACCUCCAAAGAAGGAGACUCCACCACACUCCUUGGCAGCAAAUUCCACUGUCAAACAGCUCUUACUGUCAGGAAGUUCUUCCUAAUGUUUAGGUGGAAUCUUCUUUCUUGUAGUUUGGAUCCAUUGCUCCGUGUCCGCUUCUCGGGAGACACUUCUCUGGAGUGUCUGCUUCAAAGCUGAGCAUCUAGGAACCACCGGAAACACAAGGUGCUUCAAUUUCAAGAGAAUGGUGUGCGAGUUCUGUUACAUCCAAUGAAAACACAACAGGUCGCUCCUAAAGAAGAUAUUGGAGCACUCCAAAUCAUUUGCUGACGUACGUGCUCAAAAAUUGGCAGAUCUAGCUGAAAGGAAACACAAGGAAAUCUGCAUUGAUGGUUACAAUAAUCUUAUAAUUGUACAACAAUAAUAAUCUUAGAAGUGAGGAGCAACCAACACUAGUUCUCUGAUGAUUGUGCCUAUAUUAUUGCUCCCUAUAAUAAACCCUCAACCAGCUGAGCUUAAUGUCAUCUUAGAAGUGAAACAGAACUACCCAAAAUAUAAGGUGUUGAUUUCUACAUACGGGGGUCUGCCUAGGUAUGCAAAAGCAUUUAAGUUGGGAAUUAAAAAAAUUUUUGAAAAAAAGUUGUCAAGAACCUAUGAACUUCCAGGAAAUUGAGAAGAAAUAUUAGAGUAGCGUCAGGAAGUGAUACUUUUUAGUGCAGGAAUUCAGGUCCUCUAUUGGUGUGGUAGUAGGGCCCUCCAUAAAUAAAGCAGUCAUUUCUUCAUACUUGAACUGGGCUGCAGAAGUAUAUACAUGUGUAAAUUAAAAGGGCAUGUUCCAGCCAGGCAAAGGCACUCAAGGGUACAGAACGUUGCUAGUGAGGCUAACGUCUUGGAGAAAGAAUGUGGCCUACAGAGAGGGCCACAUAGAGGGCCAAAUUCUGCAACCAGUGGGAUGUUAUGCAAAUUGAGAAGAAGAAAAGCUACCUGGGUGGUGGUGGAGGAUAGGCUUGCUGAACCCAUAGCAGUUCUAUCCAGCUUUUUCCAUUUUCCAGCUUAAGGCAGCUUACGAGAGGCGUUAAAUAAGUACUGUAAUACACAACAUAAAACCAGCAGAUAGCACAUGAAAACUAAAAAAUCAAAAAUAGAGUUUAUAACAUCGGCAGGACAUCUUUCCAUAGAGAGAGAGCAGGGUCUUGGUGGGCCAUUGGAGUGUCAUUAGGGAAGAGUCAAGGCAGUCUUCCUCAGAAGAGGAAGGCUGGGCGCAGUUACCAAGAAGGCUCUCUUCUUAUGUCCUAGCAAACAGUUUGCAUGUUGGCAAGAUUCAAAGGAGGUGCUCUCCAGAAGAUCUUAAUGAGCUCAUAUGGGAGGAAGGUGUUUAACUUUCCUGGUGCUAAGCAUUUAAAGGCUGCAUUCGGACGUCGUAAACUGUUAUUUAUCAUGACAGGAACAAGUUAUGGCGUGCCUUCGUCUUGCAUGCUCCCUCCUUCCCUCUCCUCCUCCGACAUAGUUGCAAGGAGUUUCAUAGCUGGAAGCUUCCACAUCCAUUUUGGAUUAACCACGGUUUAGCAUUAUGUCCGAAAUCUAAACUGUGGUUAACCUUAACAGCGUGUUGAAACAAGCUAGCUCUGUAACCUAUGUUUGGAAGUUGGCUUGUUUAAAACAAAGCGUAGUUAAGAUUAACUGCUGUUAAAAAUUAAUUGAACUUCAGUUUGUUGGGUUCAAGUGAAAUGGCAAACUGCGGUUAUUUAUUUAAGUAAGAGCUUCCCAACUUCUCAUCAUAGUUUCACCAAAGGCUCACCACAGCUCAUUCCGAUUAUUAUUAUUUUUUAAUGUAUUUUUAUUAAAGGUUUUCUUGAUUUACAAAAGUAUGUGCAAUGUCUCUCUCUCUUAUUUUUUUUCCCAUGUAACAUUUUUUACAAAUCGGUUUCAUUUGUUGAGACAUUAGGAAGAAAAGGGGGAAAGAGGUGGAGGGGGGGGAGAUGAGGGGGGUCGGGUGGCAAUAGCUCAUUCCGAUUAUGACCAACCAUGUUCUAUUGCGAUGUCUGGAUGCACCCAGAGUUCUUGUUGACACCUUUCUGUCUCACAAGACAAUGGAGUGUGUCUCCAAGGGUGAAGUUGAACCGCUGGAGGAUCACAGCACCUGCUGUGGCUGCAGAGACCGGUAGCUUACAACUGGUGCCUCCUGCAUUGUUUUUACCAAAGUGACCUCCCGGGGUGCAAGCCUGGGCAGUGUGUAUGGAGGUCCUGGGCUGCCCAGACAACAAGAGCGCCCUCUCUGCCUUCCUGAUGUGGUCCAAAGGAAAGCAGAGCAAUACAUUUGGCACCAGGAGUUGCUGGAAGGAGGCGUACAAGGCGCCACCCAACCAUCUUAGGGACUCCACUUGGGAUUUGUGUAGGGUUUACUUUUUGGCCCUUUCUCCCAAAGAUGUCCCAAAAGGCUGCCAGAGUAUAGCUAUCAGAUUAACAGCAGAGCAAUUCAAACCGACUUGGUCUUUAUCCCAAAUAGAAAUGUUUUUAUAUAACAUCUCCCAUGUGCAUCACUUUAUUGCCACUUCCAGCUACAGAUUACCUUUUUAUUUUAUUUUCUUUUUUUUACUAGAUCAGCCAGAAGGCAAUGUGGGCCAUGUCUGGACAAUUUCAUACUAUAGCAAUAAACACACAGCUGUUUUCUUUAUUUCUUUCAUGGGAUCUAGACAUCUUCUGUUAUAGAGAGGUUGUAUCCCCCACCACUCAACAUUUGUUUCCCCUCCAGAAUUUUGUCACUGGGGGAGAGGAUGUCAAAGAUUUUCCCAACCAACAAAGAUAUAUUGUUGGUUGUUUGAGGGUCACGUGGGAUGGUGAUUGCAUCACCAGAAGCCUUCCUACGAUACUGAUGAGGUGUGCGACAUUUUCUCAACUCCCCUUAAUCUUUUUGUAAAAAUAAAUAAAUGCAUUUUUAUAAUGCAUUUAUACACUCCCGAGCCACUAGAAUGCUGGUUUUGAAAGAAAAGGUCCCAUGUUUAGGAACUAUUUUCAUCUCACCCCUCCUCAGUGUUGUGGAACAAGACUUCCCUCCUUUUGUAUUGUGAGCAAUCAGCUUUGGAAGAAAUGAAGUGAAACUCACCUUGCUUAUGAUCUCAUUGGAUCUCUUCUUCCACAGGAGCCGGACACCUUGGUAACCAUCAACAGGGGUGCCCUGAUUGGCCUCCUUGUGGUGGCAGUUGCUGUUGCCAUGGUGAUCAUCAUCAGCCUCCUGAUGGUUCGCCGGAAGCCCUACGGGACCAUCAGCCAUGGCAUUGUUGAGGUACUGUUGGAAAGGACUGUCUUUUCCCCUAGGGUGGCUGGAUGCAUGACUGGAGAAGGAUGCUAGCUAGGUUCUUGGCGUUCAAGCUCAUAAAAGACCCUGAAGAAUAAUAAUAAUAAUGAUGAUAAUAAUAAUAAUAAUAAUAAUAAUAAUAAUACAUAAUUAUUAUUGCUAUUCUUUUCUUUCCAUUCGUAGAGCACUUAGUACCUGGAGAGCUCAAAGUGGUUUAUAUGAUAGACAGACAGACAGACACACGCACACACACAAGUCCAAUAAAAACAAUGUCAAAUGAUGUACAUCUAAAACACAGUAUCCAUAUCCCUAAAAGCAAUAUAAAAAAGUCAGAGAGCAUUACAAAGCAGCAUAAUGUAGAAUCCCAGCCAACAUAAAACACCCUAUUCAUACAACCACUCGCCUAGUCCCACACUCACACACACACUCCAUUUGCACAACCACUGUAACCGUUGUCUCCAUCAAUCAAUCAACCAACCAACCAUUCACACACAAACUGCACUUACUCAGUGGUAUUGCAGCCCACAUGCAAAGGGUCACUGCUGAGCAUAAAUAUGUAAAAGGCUCUUUCUCACCUCUGAAGCACUUAUGCCCUCAUGCUGCACACUCCCUUGACCCUCAGUUAGUUUAUCAUGCCAGUCUGGGAGAAGUGAUGGGGGGCAAUGGCAUGUGGGGAGAAGGAAGGCCUGUCCCUUUCCUUUGUGAUUCCCCAUCACUCUUGACACAGAGAGGUUCAGUGACCCUUGAGGUGUGUAGCCUUCCUAAGGCCAACUGUCAUUGCAGUAGCCCUUGGCUACUAGUAGACCCCAAGGGCUUCCACAACUCCCUGGCACACUGAACCAGGACGGUGGAGAAGAGGUUGGGGAGGGAAGGACCUCUCUUCUCCAGGUGGUUAAGUAAAGGGAAAGGAGAGGAAGUGGGUUUAGGAGUCUUGGGGGAGGAUGUUUUGGGCACCAGGCAAAGCUGCCCAGGAAGGGAUAUUUUCUAAGCCUUAGAAUGGUUUGGAAAGCAAACAUUAACGUGUGUGUGUGUGUGUGUGUGUUUAAUUCAGUUUUAUUUUCCAGCCAAUUUGAGGUGAGUGGGCCAAGUCUGCCCAUCUCUAAUCUAAUCCAGCCCUCAGCCUGAAUAAACCAAGAGUUCUCCUCAGCCCAGAGGAAAGAGUCUGUCCACCACUAGGAAAGCCAUUCCAGAGCAAAUGGCACUGGAUGGCUCUUACUAGGGAAUCAAGCCACACAUUUCAUAGAAAAGCAGGGGGAACAAAAGCAGAGUUUCCUGCCAAAACGACCUGAGGGGGGGAAACUCUUGAACCCAAAUAUGGCAAUGAAGCAGACGCCAAGUAUGAACAUAAUUGCAUUCCUGUAGGGAAAUAAAUAUAGUAUUUUUCCAUGUAGGAAUCUUGUGACAGGUAAAGCCGCCCACUACAGUUUUGUACAGUGGUACCUCUGGUUACGUACUUAAUUCGUUCCGGAGGUCCGUUCUUAACCUGAAACUGUUCUUAACCUGAAGCACCACUUUAGCUAAUGGGGCCUCCUGCUGCUGCCAUGCAGCCGCUGCACGAUUUCUGUUCUCAUCCUGAAGCAAAGUUCUUAACCCGAGGUAAUAUUUCUGGGUUAGCGGAGUCUGAAACCUGAAGCGUAUGUAACCUGAAGCGUAUUUAACCCGAGGUACCACUGUAUAAGCUUUUUUGGGGGGGGUCAUAGCUUUCCCCUCCCAAAGAAUCCUGGGAUUUGUAGUUUGGUAAGAGCACUGACUGAGAAUCCCAACAGACUCCUCCACCCCCCUCCUUGAACUCUGGGGAAAGGGAUUGCCUUUUGGGGAACCAGUUUUUCAACCUGUACUGUAGAAACUGCCCUCGGGUCCUUUGCUGGUGGACUCUUGGUGAUCCCCUAACUUUGUUUAAUGCCUUCCUCUCUGUCUCUCUCUUUUCCUCACCCCCUUUUGCACAUGGCAGGUGGAUCCCAUGGUUAGUCCCGAGGAGCGGCAGCUGAACAAGAUGCAAAACCACGGCUACGAGAACCCCACCUACAAAUUCUUCGAAGAGAUGAACUGAGCUCCUCAGUGCUGGGGAGAGGGGAGGCGGGGGACGUGGUGUCACUGCGGGAGGUGGGCGUUGCCAUGUGGGGGGAGGGGGGUGGUAUCUUCAGUGGGGAGAGGGGGAGGUUCCACGAGCACUUCCACACUGAGCCCCUCUUUCUGUACCCUGGCUGAGCCGCGCCCCUCCCUCUGCCCCUCCCCCACCUCAUUUUUGUUCUUCCAUUGGCCAUAUUCCUCCUCACACAUGCGCGAGUGCUCACACACAUGCAUCUUUCUGAGCCUUAUAGCUCUCAACACUGGCCUGCCACUUGCAGUUUCCCAUCUCUCCUCUCCUCUCUCCAUCACCAACAACACUCUCGAUUCUUCAUCAUUUUUUAAGAACCACAGAGAGAGAGAUACACACACACCCCCCACACACACUUUCAAGCUGCUGGUAUCAGGUGCAGUCUCUGGGUAUCUCAGCUCCUGUCCUCUGAAUACCUCUCCAGCCAUUGCCCAGACUGCUUAUUAAAGCCACACUAUCAUCCUGGGGCACCAAGAACCAACCUCACACACACAACAACAACAACAACACAUCCUUAAAAACUCAUGUGUGCACACCACUAACCAACGCUCAACUUGUCUGGGGCUGUCGCAUGCACAUCAUCCUAACCUGCACCAGGGACAAACGCCAUUUUGUUUUUAAAAUUACAGCCCGACCCUGUGUGCCCUCGACAUAACACUGCAUUCCACGCCCCGCCCCGCCCCCCAUGCAUCCAUCCAUUGCACUCACUUGCAACUCCAUUUUGCAGGGAUUUUCAUUUUGAAAAAUUGAAAGAAAGGAAAACCACACACAAACAAACCAUGGAACGCCUGUAGUUUACAUGCGAGACAAAGAGUGUCCCGCACACUCUAACUGCCCAGUUGCUAACCUAGUCUGCCUCCAGCAUAGGAAACGAGUCCACCUACACUUGCUUGCCUUUUCUGUCUCCACUUGUAUUAUGCUUCCUUUUGAACUCCUCACUAGUUGCACUUAAUUUAUUGGAAAGCCAGCUAAAGAGGGGUAGGCCUGAGUAGGUAAACCCUCUGCUACCCUUGGCCCAGUUAACUUCCAUCAGCACCUUACUGACUAGUUUUGGAGAGGGAAGGGGGAAGUGAGGAUUGAAGGUCUCCUCCCCGCCUCCUAGUCCUCCCUCUCUUUCUCCUCUCCCCGCCCCCCCCAUCAAAAGAUGUACGGGAUAGGAGGGGCAAAGUUACUGAAACAGAUAAGAGGGCUGGUCUUUGUCCAUCCUAAAGUUCAGCAAUGGUUUGGGUUUUGUUUUUUUCCAAAGGGGGCGGGUCCAUUAUAGGGCUAGGCUGUGAUAAACAUAUGCCUAUUUUUGUCAUUUGCAGCGAGAUAUUUUCCCUUACAGUAGGACCUUGCCAAUCACGCAAUAGGGUGCUGCCAUCUCGACUUGAUCACCUUCCAAAGCAAUGCAUAUUUUGGGAUGAGCCAUCUCAGCAUCUGAAAAUGAGGUUGAAUCGGGGACUGUACGGGCUCCAUUCUCUUGCCACCUCUGAUGGUGUACACCAAUUGCACUGUAGUGUUUCCCCCACCCCACCCCCACUACUGGAUAGGCCUUGUCCCGCCUUUUGGACUGUACCAUUUUACCAGCUUUUCUGGGGGUUGCAGUUGGGUGGCAAGCCAAGGGAAUAGACCAUAAAGUUGGCAUAUGUCAAACUGGGACUCUUGAGCUAGAUUAGAAGAAACGAUGCUUUGCCCUGGUCUUGAUUUUGUUUUUUGUCCCCCCCACCCCACCCCGAGAUGUAAUGCCUUUAAGGCAUUGGGCUUCCUAACUGUGAAGGGUUAAGUACGUAAGAAAAAGACCUGAUGGAUCAGGUCAGUGACCCACCUAGUCCAGCAUCCUGUUCUCACGCUGGCUAACCUGAUGCCUCUGGAAAACCUGUAUGUAAGGCCUGAGCACGACAGUACCUUCUCCUCCUGUAGUUUCCAGUUUUUGGAAGCAUUCGUGUCUUUGACAGGGGAGGCAGAGUAUAGGCCAAUAUCCAAUGAUCCUAUUGUUGCCAGAUCCUAUUUCACACUGGGCUCUUGGCCUUCAAAGAUCUUCCUAGGGCAGUGGUUCUCAACCUUGGGUCCCCAGAUGUUUUUGGCCUACAACUCCCAUGAUCCCUAGCUCACAGGACCGGUGGUCAGGGAUGAUGGGAGUUGUAGGCCCAAAACAUCUGGGGACCCAGGGUUGAGAAAGGCGGUCCUAGGAGAUAAAAGAUUAGUGUGAUAGCCACUCGGUCAAGAGAGCCAGCAUGCCCAGAGAACUGCCUCCUCCAAUAGGUUCCUGCAGUCCCAGGGGUGGGCCAACCCCCUGCAAGCUCUGUACUCAAGUUUUGAGAAUGAAGAAUGUAAGGCUUUGCGCCCCCAACACCCUCCGUUAAUUCCCUCGUUGUCUAUUCACUCUGUGUGCCCUUCCUUGUCCUGUUUCGGGUUUAGUUCUUGUUCCUUUUUUUUUUUUAAUGCUGACACUCUUGAAAUCAAGAUGCAAAUGUCAAAACAGACAAACCAGGAGAUGGAUUUCAAUUGCCAGCCCUCCCACCAAACUAAUAAAAUGUUGUCACUUCUCUAACCCCA